GUCCAUCGACAGCGAUUUCAUUAGCGGCGCUGCUGGGCUGCGCUGGACGGGGAGGGGGCGGCGAGGAAGCGGGUCUGAGCCGAGGCUGAUUCAUUCACGUGUUGGGAGGGGAAGUGGGGCGGGGGGAGAAGCGAGGCCCAGAACUAGGGGCUCUCCCAGGAGGGAGCGGGGCGGGUGGAGUGUGAGCUGGAGGGGAACGCAGCCGCGCAACGAGCAGCCGCCCUGGCUAUAAAUCCAGGGGGGCGAAGCCAAACGGAUCCAAGCCUUAGGACAGUCCUGCGCGCAGCCACCCAAGGGACUGAGGCUGCCGCCGCCGCCGCCGCCUUCUCGCAGCAGCAAUAGUAGCUGCAACACACCCAGGAAGGUGAGACGUGCGUGGCUUCCCCAGGGUGGAGAUUCGUGGAUGCCGAGCUGCCCAGCCUGGCCGAGAGACAGAGAAGAGACCGAAAGAGAAGAGAGGGAGAAAUCCGCAGUUGCACAGCCGCUUCCAGCGCAUCCUGCCAAGCCUUGCAAGUUUCUCCUCUCGCCUUGUAAGUUUCCUCCUCCUUCCACGCGUCUCUGUUCUGUUCUUUCCCCUCCUGCCCUACCAACUCCUGAAAUUUGGUUUUUCUUCCUCCUUGCCCACAUGCAAACUGCUGCCUUGGUUGUAUUUGUUAUCAUUAUUUGUUAUCACCGUCCCUGGAGGGAAAGUUUCCACCACCAGCCCUUUCCUUCUGAGAAAGGCUUUUCCCUCUUGCUUCCCAUUUUACAUGAGAGAGCUGAAAGUUUUCUGGCAUAGACUCCAACGACGUGAUUUCUAAAUCUCACAAGCGCUAAGGAAAUACGUGGGACUCAAGGAUGGGGGGGGGGGGGGUGCGCGCGCAGAGCUAUAGAACAGGACCUUUUCUUUUCUUUAAUGCUUUUUGGAGGAUAACUGGCAAUCCUGUGAUUUUUAUAUGCAUGCAAAAGUAUAUUUGAGUAUAGGCACAAAACUAAGCCCUCUUUUAUAUAUAGUUAAGCACAUACUUAACCCUACUCUCUUCCACUCAGUCAUCGAAGUCAAUGGCAUUUAAAGAUACUUAACCAUUGCUAGGAUCAGGCAUUAUUCUUUGGAAAGUUUAUUGCUAUCACAUGACAUUUUAUUAUGCUUUGCCUCAGAUACUCAGUUUGUUCCAUGCUUCACCAAAAGAGUGAUGAAAGUGUAUCUUUGGUUUUCCAAACUCUUAUAACAGAGUGUGCAUGUGGAAGGAAUGCCUUGUUUACACUGUGCUGAAAGUGCGACUCCCUUAAUUACUGCUAAAAGCAAUAGUUUUAACAACCAGAGUCCACAAGGAAGACUGAUUGCUUGUUCCAAGGACACCUCUUUGAAACGAUGCCACAGAUUUAUCUGCUCGCAGAAGAUAGAGGGCUUGUGCACUCACAAGUCCUGUCAUGUGAAUCCUCUCAUAUUUCUUGUCAACAGGUCUAAGGCACCAUUUAACAGAAUCAGCGACAGACCUACCGCAAGCCGACAACUUUCCAGCUUAUUUCUAGCAACUUUCCAAUUUAUUGCUAGCAACUAGUAGAGGCCAAGUCAAGCCAUAACUUUGACUUGACAAAUCAGUUAAGAGGAACAAACUGAACUGGCAAGACCUGUCCCAUUUUCCACAACUUUCAAAAUAAUUUUCCUACUAGGUUUAUAUUGACUCCAAAUUGUCCCUCUGUUUGUGUUAGAUUCCUGCUUCCUUACAGAAUGAAUUUUGUUGGCAUCCGUGCAAGGAUCAGGAUUUAAUCAUACUUAGGGUGCAGUCCUAGGCAUGUUGGCUUGGAAGUUGAAUGCCCUAUUGUAUUCACUGUGGCUUUAAUCCCUGGUGCGUGUGCAUAGGAUCGUAGACAUAACCCUGUGCAUCAGCAACUUGGUACAAAGUCUGUAUCCUCAGUAAGCAAGCAUACAAAAUCUCAGAGCACAUUAAGUCAAAGUUGGUUCUUAUGUUAAUGUGGUAGCAAUGGUUACUGUUGCAGCAGGUCAGGUUCCUACUAUGUUGCACAGGGAACAUCCGGGACCAGAGACAGUUUGCAUGACAACUCCACAUUUCAGACAUUACCCAGUGCAGUGUGGGACCUGACUGUGCAAACAGUGAACUGCAAAGCAAGGACCAGCUGUCGGUCAUUGUGAUGUUGCUGUGAAUCCUGAGUAAUACAACAGGAUGGUCUCUGGUAUGUGUCAAGUAGCUUCAAUAUAAACACUGUGUGCUGUGUGAUACGUGCAAAUAAAUAUGCACCAAAGAUCAAAUGGCAUUCGUUUAUACCUCUGCCCUUAAUCCGAAAUUAAUAGUGUUGCACCAGCAGUACAGUUGGCAGCAGAAUAUGUCCCAUAACCUUUCGGAUGGAGCUGUGACGCUCCAACAAGAAGCUGACAUUUUAUUUUUAAGGAAGGUUAAGGGGAAUGCCUGCAAAUAACAAUAAUCACACAGAGAUCAUUUUAGAAUUCUGAAAAUGUCACAGGCAAGAUGUCGAUCCCUCUUUAAGUGUGUAAAGUGGAAUGUGUGUGGACAUCAAAAGGGCUGUUGUAUCAGGUGAGGGCAAUGGCGGAGACUUCAUAUACUUGCAGACCCACCAAAACUUCAAAUCUGGUCCUGGGGGAGAGCAUACCAAAGCAGGUCACAUGCAAUUCUCAGGCUUGGCCCAGAGGGGAUGGGAGAAGAGUCGUGCUUGAGUGAGACGUAAGUACAGCCUACACCAAAAGCAACUCAUUCCCUUAUCCCACCACAGUUGGCAUAGAAGCAAAGGAAGGCUGAGUCCUUUUUUCACCUCCCAAGGUGGGGACAGGAAGAAGGUUGGGCUCAGGGACAAAAGGCCCUUUAGCAUUAGUCCAGUGACUCUGAGCUCCGUUCCCUCCAUCUCACCCUCAGUUGCUUAGUGGAUGAUGCCUUUUGACAAGUUAUCUGUGUGCCCAGAUGCCCUUUCUCCACCAAUGCACCUGUUCUAAGGGACUCUAUCUCUUUAUGGCAGGGGUGGGAGGUCCCUUUUCAGCCUGGGUUGCGAUCCCUUGCAGAAAACCUUAUGAGACCCGUAUGUUAGCAGUAGGAGGACAUACAGGCACGGCUCCUUCCAAGCAGGCAAGAGGAAUCCUGAAAAUUCGUGGACACAUUCCAGCCAGAUAAACUUAUUUGGAAGAGGGCACAGAGCAGGACUGGUGAGGAAGGGUGUGGCUUGGGGGGUCACAGAGAGAGAAGGCUGGAUGGCCACAUUCCCUUCCCACCCCCUGCUUUAUGUGGAAGGACCAUAACUUAGUGGUAGAGAAGCUACUUUGUGUGCCAAAUGUCCCAGAUUCAUUCCCUGGCAGAUGGUGGGAAUGAUAUCUGUCUACAUGCUGCUGCCAGUCCUAGUAGACAAUACUAGGUUAAAUGGAAGAAACUAUACCAUGCAGCUCUGUCAUUACGUAGAGAGGCAGGACUGUGUCUUAAUCCCUCUUCAGGCAAUCGCUAAAUCUGUAGAGUUUUUAACAGUACAUUUUAACAUCUGUACUGUUUUUAACAUUUUAUUGGGAGCCGCCCAGAGUGGCUGGGGAAACUCAGCCAGAUGGGUGGGGUAUAAAUUAUUAUUAUUAUUAUCAUUAUUAUUAUUAUUAUUAUUAUUAUUAUAGAGUCAAUGCACAAUGGGGGGGCAAGGGGGACAAAUGUGCCAUCUUCCCUCCUCCUCCUGUGUCACUAUUGUUGGAGAGUGACUGACAGUUGGAGAGUGAUGAGAGUGAAUGACAGUUCCUGUGCUGCUGUUGGCUCCCUGCAUAUUUUAGAACCCUGGAAAACCACGAUUCCAAAACUCAUGGGGAGACUUCUUGCUUCAGAAGCUUGCCCUCCAACAAAUGGCGAGCAAGGGGAAUGAUUGCACACACACACACACACACACACACACACACACCCCGCUGCAUCUCUCCAUAUUUUUAAUCUUCACAUUUAGUGAAUCUUUGACAAGGACACUAAAUAUCCCCACACAAGCCCAAACUCACCAGUUGGCAUUGUAUCUGUUGCUUAGGAUGUUCUGUAAAGUCAAAUUCCAACUUGCUAAUAUUGGGACAGCCAUGUUUUGGGGAAAGACUGUAAUUCCGUAUUGGAGCACACAGAAGGUCCCAGGUUAAUCUCUGGCAUCUCCACUUAGAAGGACCAGGUAGAAAGAAAUGGGGAAAGGCCUCUACCGGACCCCUUGGAGAGCUGCUGCUAUUCGUACAACUUUCUGUUACUUCCACAGAUAAUACUGGACUCAGGCCACAUUCACCCUGUGAAUAGGGAUUGAUUGUUGAACCCCUCUGAAAUUGUAGCUCUAGGGCUCUCCUAACAACUCUCAGCACCCUUAACAAACCACAGCUCCCAGAAUUCUUACAGGGAAGCCAUGACUGUUUAAAGUGGUGUCAGAGUGCUCUAAAUGUACCAUGUAAAUGUGGCAUGAGAUGGACAAAUAGUCUGACCUGGUAUGUUCCUUUAUCAUUUGUAUUUUAUUUGUAUAGUAUUUCAUUUUGUAUGAAACCAGCUGUUUAGCUGACAUAAGGUCUUCAGGCAGGAAUUAUUUCUGGAAGAAGAAGGGUUCUGUGCAACUUGGAAGCUUGCUAGUGUCCUGGUGCUCAGCCUAAUCCUUCAGCAGGUUUCCUGAAAAGUAAAGCCCAUGCAGUUUUUUGGGCCUGCUCCCUAAUUAACAUGUGCAGGAUUACAGCCUUAGUCUUUGGAUCCUGAAAUCCACAAAUUGUGUGGAGGCGGAACAUUCCCAAGAUACAUUUGAUUGCACACAUAUUUCAUAUUUUCUUUUAUCCAUCUUAUAUCCUGUCCUUCCUGCAUAUUUUAAUAACCAGAAUUUCUGCAAGAUUAUUGUUCCUAAGCACAAAACUAAAAUCAUUUGAUGAAUUGUUCUGGGGUGGUUUCUAACAGGAGACAGGAAUUAGCAUUCUAAUAGCACAUCUUCACAAAGUUUGAAUGAUGUCCGAUUACCACCCAUAGCACUAAGACCAUUAUGUACCUCCUGAGCUCCUUUACUGAAAGGGAGAGAGUCUUUUCAGAAGGUUGGGGAUUUGAAUAAGCGUCUGACCCAUUUUUCUUUCCACUUUAAGAAAUCCGACUGGCUGAAAUGAAGGUGAUCCCUGAUAAUACACGCUGGUGUAUAAAAGUCAAGCAAUAAUCAGUAUGGUUUGUCUUGGAAGAGUGUCCCACAUUCUGUGUUCGAUCUUGCCAAAAAUCCUGUUGGCAUUGAUGGAAUUUAUGACAGCCCAGUGGAUCCAGAGGGCCAGAUUUGAUGAAGUGAAGAGCUGUGCAAGCUGACCAAAGGGCUGACCAAAGUUGUUGACCUUUUUUUUUAGGAUUGAAGUGAUUUUAGGGUUGGAGUUGAGGUUUUUAGGGUUGGAGUUGAGGUUUUUUUAGGAUUUUACACCAGGAAAUGAACUGCCACAGGGGCCGGAUUAGGCCCCCCCAAACGGACUUUGGACAUGCCUGGAUUAGGCCAUAGCAUUGGGGGCAUGUGGCAAGUGCAUUUGCUGUAUUGCAGGGUGAAGAAGUGGAUCUGGCCCCCAAGCCAGAUCCAGAAGUUGCCAAACCUCUGCAAACCAUUUCGAAAGGUGAAUAGGACCAUCCUAUCACAUCUGGUGAUUGUAACUUCCAUUCACGGCUGGAAAGGAAUAACCGGGAACCAGUAUUCGAAAUUAGCCAGUUGCCAGGUGCAUUUUGCACAUGGCCAUUGACUACUUGAGACCAAGUGAAGAUGCCUGGGUGCAAGGAUGUUACCUGACAUCUCCUCCAUCUGGAGGUGCGUGCCUGGGGAUCAUUAGUUUCACACACUAAUACCCCAUCCUGUAGAAUUCUAUCAGUUAUAUUUUAUCUGCACAAUUGGGAUGAAUUUCAGGAAUCAGAAUGCUUUUUCUGGGCCGCCUGAGCAGGAGCAGUGAACAAAGUUACAGUUAAUUGGUGUAGCUUGUCUUCACUUACUCAAGUGGCUUUUCUUCUUUAAAUUCUCAAAGCUCUUAACCCAGCUCAAGGUUGUCAUCUGAACUAGCCGGAUGUUUAACUGAGAAUCAAUCGCAGUCAGUCCGUUGUUUGAAAAAUAUUACAUUAGAGCAGUCAAAAUGGCAGCUAGACAUUCCAUUUUGGUGACUAUAACCUUGGUUUACCUAGCAUUUGGCACCUAGCUUAUACGUCUGAGUUUCUAACACUGAUGCAGAUGGUUUUUUGUGUGAGUUGAAGGACUUUUGGAUAUCCAGGUCCCAAUCCUUAUAGGGCUUUAAAUGGAGGAGGAAGACGAAAGAGAAAGUCAGAAAGCGCCAGUAUAGGAAACAGAGAAAAAAUCUCUGGAUAGGCAGAAGUGUGCUAUAUUAGAUUCAAGGCAUCUCCAAUUAGCAUCUUCUUCAGGGCCACUCUUAAACACAGCAAAUCUUAUUCUUUGGUCUCCGGUGGCUCUUAGAGCAGCUCUUGGAGAUACAGCUAGGGCAGUCUUUUUAUAUCAUGGUGUAAAAACAUCAAGCAAUUGUCUCUGUGGCUUUGGAGUUACUGAAUUUAAAGCACUGGGAAGUGUCACGAGAACGUAGAUUUUCAGUGAGCAAUUAUUUCGAAAGCAUGUUAAGGGAUUGUUUACUCAGUCAAGAUUCAGAUUGCGAUUUAACAAUUCCAGUGUGAUGUGUACAGAAGCGAAUCAUGACAGAGUUUGUCAGCUGCAAUGACUCUUUGCUCUUUACCGCCCAGGAGCCUAUUCUCUGCAUCUGAUCACCUUUACACCUCCCAGGUUUGCAAAUUAAAAGGGCAAGCAGGAUUACCUUUCCACUUAAUUCUAUGGAAACACAAAGCAGGAGAAAAUCAAUCACCAUUCAUGGGUUGCAUUAGCUUGGUUGUGAAGAUCAUUCUGAUGUAAAAAGGGUGGGCAAAUGUUAAUUUCAUUGGUGACUUAUUCACAGUACGGAUUUAUUUAGGUUUUUUGCUAUAUUUUCACCUCACUCAUUAAUUGAAUUCAGCACAGGUAAAUAGUACGUCCAAAGAAGUCUGGAUUAACUUUUUGGGUAAAGGUCUGAUUUCCAUGAAGAAAAUCUUAGGGAAAGUUGUAUUUCCCCAGAUUUUUAUGAAAAUUGGAUAGCACACCCAAGUUCUGCAAUACAUUAUAUUAAUUACUUCUUAUUCCAUGCACUUUACAGCCCCACCCUCACUUCAGUUCAUCAUUACAACUACAGUGUGUGGCAAAUCUCUGCAUUAUUAUUUUUCCAAUGGGCAAUUAAAACCAAGUAAUGGGAGUAUUUCUGUGGUCAAAAAGUGGGAUAGAAAGCUGUAAAACAAAGACAUAUUUUUGGGGCCCAUUUAUGCUUUCAUUGGUGAGCUGGGAUGUACGUUCAUCCAAUCAUCAGUGUACUAUAACAUACUGGCAAAACUUUUCAGAGUUUUCUGUUCUAAAUUCUACAUGCCCUCGGAACAGAAAGAGCCAUAUAAAUGCAUUCCAUGAGGCCAGAGUGCCUGUCUAAAUCAUCACACAAACAGCAAGAACACUGGCAAGCAUAACACUUUGUCCAUGCAGAUAGUCAUGCUACUGAAGGGAUGAAUUUAGGAGUUAGCUGUUGCCAUUUUCUGCAGCAGGGAUCAUUUGUUAUUUUUCCUUCGCAUACCACUUAACACUUGCCUUUCAGGAAGAGUGGCAUUUCCAUAAUUUCCUUAGAUUAGUGUCGGAGAGGGACAUGUUGUUUUCUUCACUCUCUUAUCCAUUUGUAUCAUAUAUAUUAGAUUGUGAGCCUGUGGACAGGGACUAAAUCGCAGAAGUGUGCACAACAGCAGUGAUUCCCAAACUGUGGACCUAUGAGAGUGCUGGGGGGGGGGGAGAGAGAUAGCUAUAUGCAUGUUUUGAAAACUGAAGACACUAUGUUAGAUGCAUCCACCACCUGUGCCCAUGCUGUAGAGGUGAGGUCCUCUACCACACUGAUCCCACCCCUUGUUAAUAUAUGGGCAGCAACAACAUCUCAAGGGAGGACAGAUACUAGUCUGGGGUACUCUAGUACAGGUGCAAAGGCAGAAGCAGUAAUUAAUUGACUGCCUGGACCACAGAUGUUCCAGGUGGACAACCUCCACAUCCUGUCAAAGGAAACAAGAAGAGGCUGCUGACCUUUCUGAACCUUCAUGUGGUUUGGGGUUGCCCAACUGCUGCUGGCCAUGAGUUUGGCAUGAGUGUUGGGAUUAGUUUAUGUUGGUCUAGUGAAAUCAUGGGAGUGUGGUUAGACCAAUCCUGGUCUUUCACAAUUUAGUCACUUCACAUGUGAAAUAUAAAGCUUAGAGAGAAACUUGGAAAAAGCUGGGGUGGGCCUUACCUGCACUUUAGAUUUAAAGCUUUCUUAUGCUACCUUAACAGUCAUAGAUUCCCCAUAAAGAAUUCUGGAGACUGUACAGUGGUACCUCUGGUUGCGAAUGGGAUGUGUUCCGGAGGCCUGUUCGCAACAUGAAAAGAGCGCAACCCACAGUGGCGCGUCUGCGCACACGCGGGUUGCGAUUCGCCGCUUCUGCGCAUGUGCGUGACGUCAUUUUGUGCUUCUGCGCGAGCAGCAAAACCCGGAAGUAACCCUUUCCGGUACUUCCGGGACACCGCGGGACGUAACCUGAAAGAAAGUAACAUGAAGCGGACGUAUCAUGAGGUAUGACUGUAAUUUGUAAAAGGUGCUGAAAGUUCUUAGGAGACUUCCUUUCCCUUCAAGGAGCUACACUUCCCAGAGUUCCAUGGGAAGAGGAAUUGAUUGUUCAGCUGCUCUGAGAAUUGUCAUGACUGUUCAAAAUGGUAUGAUACUGCUUGAAAUGUAUGGUGCGGAUGAGGCCUAGGAUUAUCUGGUGCAAGAGCCUAGGCAGAACUGGCUGCAGGUAUGAGUGAGUCUCCAACAAAAUUUCCUCAGGGGACCCCCCUCAUUUGCAAGUGAUCCAUGCUGGGCUGUUCUGUUCACAGCCACAGUGCUCUGAUCCAUGCUGGAUGUCAGGAAGCCAACUUGUUAAAUUUCCCACAGUGUUCCUGGUAUUGCACCUUUGGGGCAUUGUGAGAAAUUUAAAAGCCCAAACCCAGCCACUUGGCUGAAGCACAAGAAAAACACAUUUAAAGGGGGACCUAGGCAAGCAUCAGUGGGCCCUGCUAGGCUCCUAGUAGCUGCCCAGGGAUGAUGUGUGCUACUUAGGAUCAGCAAAGGGAUCACAAUAUAUGUUGUUUGGAAAGCAUGGUUCCAUCCUGUAGACUCGUUUGGCUGGGUAAAGGAGAGAGCGGGACACAGUUAGAAAAUGCUAAAUGAGCCAUCCUGCAAUUGUAAAGGGAAUGCCUCCCCAUGGUUCUGGAAGGUAUUGAAGAAAACAAGACAGGAAAAUAUACCUCCAGAUUUUGUGUAUGCCCCCAUGCAUUAAGUGCAAGAAACAUAAUUAGCCAUGAAGGCAUAGAGUUGUGAGGAAGGGAAAGGUCCAUAUCCAUGGUUCCUGUUGUAUAUAAAUCAUCAUAUUUGCUUGAGAGGAGAAAAGGGAAUUGGACUGAAUCAUUGGUCAAAUGAUUCACUGAUUGCCCAGUCAGGUGGAAUAAAAGAUUAUGACAAUGAGCUUUUAGCCACGGAGCAGGAAAAGGGAAAAGCAUUAACACUCCUUUGGUUUUCAAACUUCCGGUUCUCUAGGAAGUCCUUCAGCACUCGUUCACCUGCUUCUAAAAUUCCUAGGAUUCUAAGGUAUAUCCUCUGUUGCUCACAUACAUGGGUAGGCAAACUAAAGCCCGGGGGCCGGAUCCGGCCCAGUCGCCUUCUAAAUCCGGACGGUCCGGGAAUCAGCAUGUUUUUACAUGAGUAGAACGUGUGCUUUUAUUUAAAAUGCAUCUCUGGGUUAUUUGUGGGGCAUAGGAAUUCAUUCAUAUUUUUUCCCAAAAUAUAGUCUGGCCCCCCACAAGGUUUGAGGGACAGUGGACUGGCCCCCUGCUGAAAAAGUUUGCUGACUCCUGCACAUAGGACAGGAACUGUUUUUAUAUAUAGAACUGUAAAGCCCAUUUCAUGUGUUACUUGUGCACAAGACAGUUCCUUGUGGGGUCAUACUGCUGUCUCUGCCUCCAACACUGUGCCCAGGGCUAAUUUUGCUUCUGAUGCCCACACGUUGACUAGUUGAUAUAUCCACUUUUAGAUAUUUCUGUUAAAAUGUAAAGCGGUAUACAGUAAGUAAAUCUGAGUAUCCCUCUAGCAACAACAGAAAAAGCAAGACUGAAUUUCAAAUGUACAACCCAACCUGAAAACCUGAGAAAACAAGGGAAUUCCAGACACCUCGCCUUAAAACUGGCGUAUGCAAAUAAUUCCCCACAAUUUCUGCACUUACACAGUUUAUUCAUUUCUAAGAAUGAGGAUUAAUUGAAGAAACACUGCAUCCGUUCAAUAAAUCUCACAGGAAAGUGAUUAUAAACCUACACAUCUUCACUAUUCAUCAACACAAAUUUAUGUGUAAUCUGUGGUUGAUCAUUUGUUAAAACUCAUUAUUUGUUAAAACUCAUUAUUGCCAUUUGUAAUUUGCCUUUAGUCAUUCACUAUCUCAAUAUAUAAAUAACUAUAGUUUCAUAGUCCAUGUCACUGUGAUUACAAAGUGACAAAUUGCAAAGGACUUAAUUGUCAGUGGCAAAAUGUGAACGGGGGUAAAUGAAUCCACAUAAACUGAAGUUCUACAGGCUGCAAUCCUAUACCCGCUUUCUUGAACUUUAUGGAAACUUACUUCUUGUUAGACUUACAUAUAAUUGCUAGGAUUUUUCAUGGAAGGGCUUUAUCUGAAGGAGCAUCUCCACUCCCAUCGUUCCACCUGGACACAGAGGUCCAGCGCCAAGGGCCUUCUGGCGGUUCCCUCGCUGUGAGGAGCCAAGUUACAGGGAACCAGGCAGAGGGCCUUCUCGGUAGUGGCACCCGCCCUGUGGAACGCCCUCCCACCAGAUGUCAAAGAGAACAACCACCACCAUACUUUUAGAAGACACCUGAAGGCAGCCCUGUUUAGGGAAGCAUUUAAUGUUUGAUGCAUUACUGUAUUUUAAUAUUUUGUUGGAUGUUGCCCAGAGUGGCUGGGGAAGCCCAGCCCGAUGGGCAAUGUAUAAAUAAUAAAAUUAUUAUUAUUAUUUAUUUAUUUAAACAUCAAGAGCUCCAAUCGGUAGCCUCCUGCAUUAUGCUAGUAGGUAGCUCAUUUGGUAGAGCAUGAGACUCUUAAUAUCAGGGUCUAGAGUUGAGCCCCACAUUGGUCAACAAAUUCCUGCAUUGCAGGAGGUGGGACUAGAUGAGUCUUGUGGUCUCUUCCAACUAUAAUUCUAUGGUUCAAAUAAACUUAUCUGCAAGAUGCCCCCAACCUCUUGAAUGUUUUUGGAUGAUCUACUUCAUUACUCUAUCUAGAAAAUAAUUCCAGCUGAGACAUAUUUGUAGCGAUAAAGCAAAUUUGGUAUUCUGUUUGCUUAUCUUCACUGGAGAAUUUUGUGCUAACAGUGUAGCCCACAAACAAGUUAUACUGGAGCUUUGGGAAAGAGGUUGAUCAAAGCUCCAUUCUACACACACAACACUUGAUAACUAAAAUGCUUCAAACUUAAUCCAGAGAAAUUAAGUCGUGCUUUAAUCCCAUUGAAAUAAUGGGACAGGAUUUAAGUCAGUUGUGACUAGGGAUGGGUGAAACUGGCUCUUUCUGUGUUGGAUCACACUCUUCGAUAUCCCAAACUUUCCUCAAAAGUAGAGCAGAGUUCCUUUUUGCUGAAACUGGGGCUAGACUGGGAGUGGGUUUUUAACUUCAAGCUGUGGGUUUCAGUAAUGGGGGCAGCUAUAAAAGCACUUAUCAGCUGCAGUGUAUGGAGUAAUUGAUAUUUUGCUGUAACACAAAUGUUCCAUAAAGCAGGUACAGAUACAGCACUAAAAGCUGUUUUUCAAAUAACUGUAUCUUCUUCUAUAAACACUGGCUGACGGGUGAGUAAAGUGAGUUAAUACAGUCAUUUCAUUAUAAUGGAUCUUCUGGUUUUUCUUUUCUUUUAAUUCUUUGUAAUUCACUUCCAAAUUGCACAACCACAUAUAUAUAUGUGUGUGUGUGUGUGUUCAAAAUCAUUUUGAACAAAUUAGUGUCUUUUCCAACUAGCAAUGAGAGCUAUGCAUGGUAGUGAUCAUUGCUCUGUCCACUGGAAAUCCUUCUCGACAGCCUUCUGGCUUAUGAGAUUUCUUCAGGCAUUGUCUCCAUAAGUGUCUCGCUGUGGACUUUUGGAUUGUUUUUGGUGGGCCUCAAUGCUGCAGCCUGCCUAGUGUCCUCUCUUUUACCUGCCCCACCCGCUAGCUGUUGCAUAGCCAUUUCAUUGGGCCAGCACCGGCAAGUCCCUGUUUGCUAAGUAAAGUUGGGAGGGGAGUCAGAGAAGUUAUGAGGGUGGGACAAGGAAAGGAGGUCUCCCUCCUCAGAAGUGUGGAUGAACCCCAAGUCUUAAGUGUCUGCUGUGCCACAAAGCUUACUGGGUGCGACCCUAACCUACCUCACAAGGCUGUUGUGAGGGUGAAAGAGGGGAAUAUUUAUGCUGCUCUGAACUGCUUGAAGGAGAUAGAUAGAUGGAUGGAUGGAUGGAAUAAGAGAUAAAUGCUUUAGCUUUAGCUCCCUUUCAAAUGUUGUGUGUAGCAUGCUAGAGUAUGCCAUGCUUAGCCAUAGAGCCUUUAAUGCCUGGUGGCACUAACUUUUUAAAAUCGCAUUGAAUGCAGUGGGACUUGCUUCCAAGUUAAACGCCAUGGAAUUCUGUGGAACAUACUUCUCAGUAAACAUGCACGGAACUGUGCUGUAAGUACAUUAUAUUUAUUCAUGCAAAUAGUGUUCACACACUGCACUUCAAGAAGGAUGCCAGCUCUCUCUCCCUCUCCCCCCCCCCCGAAUCUGAGAUAUAACAGGCAUGUUUACAAAGCCAAGGAACCUUCAAAUUACAGCAUUACAUUCUCAACAGUUUAGUUAAAGAUCUGUCAGGCUUUCCAUUGUACAAUUUACUGUAAAUUGUGCUUGCUUAAGAGGGCAAAAAUUAUGUAAUUUGUAAUCUGAUUUUAAGACCGAUGGUGUCUGAGGAAAUAGAACAGGCCUUAUACGCUGAUAGAUUCUGAAGUGACGAGACGAGGGUUUUCUCAGGUACAGAACUGGCCAUUAGAUUGACUUUUUUAUUUGUAAAAGGCCUCUUCUUUCCAGGUCUCCAUCUCGCUUUAAGGAUUUAAGUGCAGCGCUUCGACUUCUUGUUAACUACGACCUUAGAAUAAUUAUAUUGGACAGCCUCACCGUUGGGGGGACCUUACUAAAAUAUAACACUUCAAAAAAGGAGAUAUUCAAAAGUAAAAAUGUUAGGAAUUACCUGAAGCAGAGAGAGAGAGAGAGAAAGGAAAAGAUUAUGAGCCAAAGAAUCAGCAUGGAGGCUUGUUAAUGAAUCCCUCAUUAUGGUCAAAGAAGUAAGCAGAAGAGGGGGGGAAGAGAGAUAGAGAGAGAAAAUAGUGAUCUGUUGCUACGGAAGGGGCCUCUCUGUUUCAAAUGCCUUCUGGGUGCCUGCACAAGCAGAGGUCAGGCAUGCAGCAGCAACCAGGGAGACAGGGUCUGCCCAGUGGUGGUGCCACCUAAUUUAUGAAGUGUCCUCACCAGACAUCAAAGCUUUCUGAUGGCAGGUUAAGAUCUUUCUAUUCUAAAAGGUUUGGAAAAGCUGACUCUAUUCCUGUUUUGAUGAAACUAGGCUCUGGUUUUAGUUUUAAGGCUCUCCAACAUCUUUUACUUACCUUUAGCUUAAGUUUUACUGCUGUCUGCCUGCCGCCAUUUUUUGCACAAUAUGCCUUUUCGUUUACUUAUUGUAAGCCAUUUUCAUUUUUUAGUGGAACAGCAGCAUAAUUUAAAAUAAAAUAUUAUAAUAAUAAACAUGCAUGGCCCCCAAGUAGAAAAAUCUAUUUCAUUUUUUAAAAAAAUGAAAAUAGGAGAAGGGCCAUAACUCAGUGCACAUUUCUCAGAUAUAUACAUUUUGGCAAGCAGUUUUAUCAAAAAUCAUGCAUUUUUAAUAUAUUAUUUCCGCUUAUGCAUUUUUACCACACUUUCCCUAGCAUAUGUAGCUGUGUAUGCAUCUUUUGUUUGGAGAGCUGCAAUAGAAAAUUUGGAGAAGUAUGAAUGAUGAAGGAUAGCUGCUUUGCUGUUCAUCUUUUGAGAAAUGCAAAUUAAAAUGUGAGCAAAAUUGAAUUCUACCCCCCCCAAAAAAAAAAAAAUUCCUGGCAAAGACACGAUUGCAUACAACCCUUUGGGCUGGGAAUAUUUUAAUCAACUGUAAAGGUAAAGGUAAAGGGACCCCUGACCACUAGGUCCAGUCGUGACCAACUCAGAGGUUGUGGCGCUCAUCUCGCUUUAUUGGCUGAGGGAGCCGGAGUACAGCUUCCGGGUCAUGUGGCCAGCAUGACUAAGCCGCUUCUGGCGAACCAGAGCAGCACACGGAAACGCCGUUUACCUUCCCGCCGGAGUGGUGCCUAUUUAUCUACUUGCACUUUGACGUGCUUUCGAACUGCUAGGUUGGCAGGAGCAGGGACCGAGCAACGGGAGCUCACCCCGUUGCGGGGAUUCGAACCGCCGACCUUCUGAUCAGCAAGUCCUAGGCUCUGUGGUUUAACCCACAGUGCCACCCGCGUCCCUUAAUCAACUGUACUGAGGAAUAUAUUGAAAAUGUUACAUAUAUCAAAGUCCCCAUGUGCUGCAUUGUGUCAGUGAAUUAGCAAUAUUAGCAAUUGUGUCCAUUAGUGCAAUAUAGUAACGAACUCCAGAUUCCCUCUAUUCCCUAGAGGUCUUCUGCAGGUCUGCAUUAAAUCCCUCCAAGCAAGCUGUAUCUAGAUAACCAAGUUCCAUAAAUGUUACUUGUCGUACUUGUAUGGAACCUGCAUGGGUAAUCAAAGACCAACAGGCAAAACAGUUGCUGAAUAGGAAAAGGUUCCUCAAGGGGGGACUCAGUGUUGUAAGCGUGAUCUCUUACCAUUUGUUGACAUUUUGUCCAAGCUUCACCUUCCUGAAGCAAGCAAAAGUUCUGAAUUUACUCAGUGGGUUUUCCUAAUGUGUCUGGUGGAUUACACACCGUGAAAGAAUCCAGAAGUCACAAAGCUUCCUAUAGGUUUCAUACAGGUUUAGCUCAAGUCUUUUCACUAGAAUUACACACUAUUCGCAUUAAUGUACAAGAAUCAGAAAAUAAGUCAGUUGGUUUUUUUGUUUGGAAUUUUCCCUCCCACUAGCUUUUGUGAAGGAGUGUCCAUUCAGGGAAGUAUGUUACAUCUUUGCCAAUAAACUGACAUGAAGCACAUUAGGAUCAUAUAUCCUAAUUGCAAAAGACAAAGAAAUUUUGGGGCUACCUAUAACACUUUGGCCAGCAAUGAUUAAUAGGAAGGAAACUGUAUGAGAUAGAGGAGUUAAACUGCAUUUAAAACCACUUAGGGGGUGAGAAAGAUAAAGCCAGGAGACAUGAGGCUUAUCUAAAGGACUGAGAGAUCCAGAGUGUUAUUAAAUAGCAGACUUUCCCAACCUUGAGUCUCCAGCCAAAAUGGUCAAUGGUCAGGAAUGAUGGAAGUUGCAGUCCAACAACAUCUGAGGACCAAAGGCCGAGAAAGCCCGCUAUAUAAUAAGAGCAAAUUUAUUUUCUGAGAAUGGUUCCUUACAUCCCUCUUGAGAAUGGAUAGCGCAGUUUUGGUCCUUGGGAAAACUUCAAAGUUUUCAGAAGUGUAAAGGGUUUUUGUUAUGUUUUUGCAGGGGAACCCCAAAUGGAGAAACUCCCAAACCACCUAAUGAUGUGGGCAUGGAAUGCUUCCUGAAAAGUUCAACAUUGUUUUAUUAGAACGCCAAGUUUCUAGACCUUAUUGUUUCAAAUAUAUAUACUUGAAAGUGCAUGGGUUUACUGAAAAACCUGAAGCCAGAUGGCUGACUGAUUCCAUGGCCAGCAAAACAAGAAGAACUUAUACAAAAUAAGAGGAAACUAUGAACAUUUGUAUCAUUCACAUAGAUGGUAGAAGUCAAGCAGUUUACCGAAUCCAGCUUCUCUUGGUACAGAAUUUGGAUUAUCUGGAUGCAGACUUUUAAUUGUUUUUAAUUGUGGGCAUAGCGCUGGAGAUAGGCCAAUUGACAGCUUUUUGAAGCAGUUCACUACUUAGAAAUGCUAAUGAUUAAGUAAAUAAAUUCCAAUUCUUCUGGAGCAUUUCAAAGGUACCAAUACACCUCUGUUUAUAACAUAUCAAUGAUAGUUGAAGCCUUUAAAAAAAAAUGGAUGAUGAGUUCAAGGACUAUGUGGACUGCUCCAAAUUCCUCAUUUCUUUGCUCCUCCUCUCAGACUUUCUUUUUCACUGACAUCCUUCAGUCUCUUGUUCCUCAGUCCAUUUUGCUCAUCUUCAACUACUUUGCCUUUGGACACCAUGCUCCCUUAGCUUCCUGACCUGCCGGACCUCUUUCCAAUCUCAGGCUGCCUCAUGAAGCUACCCUAUCUCUAGGACCUGUUCAUUGUUAUAAUCCCAGCUAAACUGAUGAUUUCCCCUUCCCUCAGAGAAGCAAUACUACAUAUACUGUGUUCCAUAAGCAGCUGGUGUAUUUGCGAACACACAGGCACUCAGUUUAUUGGCUUCAGUGCCACAGGCAUAAUAUGAUGCAGAUAGAUUAGUCCUCAUUUAAAGUUCAGAAAUCAAAUUGUGAUGUGAUGUGCACAACUGAAAAGCUCUGUGCUCUCUGUCAAGUCUUCCUGUGGUCAUCUAUAGCCAGUUAUUCUUUGUGUGUGUGAGAGAGAGGCUUUAUUGCCAGAAACUGCAAAGAAAUCUUUUUCCUUUGCCACAUUCUUUAUCUUUCAUCCCGCUAUGAUUCAGCACAACCUCACAUGGAGUGCAUAAGACUGCAGUUCAAAUUUAAUAGCCUUGAUACACUUUUAUGAUUCAGCGUGAGAUAUGACAUUUCCCUUAAUCGUUGACUCAUCUGCAGAUAACAAAUGCAGAGGGUGAUAAAGUUGCCCAGCAUGCGAAAUGGGAGGAAAAUGGAGCCUAUAACAGCAACCUAUUAAAAUAACACAUUUCUCUUGUUUAUGGGGGCAGAUAUUUGUAUAUGUACUGGAUUGAUAGACAUACGAAUUUUUCACUUAAAUCAGAAAAACGUAUAGGAGGAAAUGCUUGGGAUUUUUAUUGUCCCACUGCGUAAAGUAUAGUUGAAAUGUUGAGAGUGUAUCUUCUGAAAUUCCACCGCACGUCUCAUUUAUAACUACAGCCCAGCUUUCUCUAAGUCAGGGUGGGCUACAUAUGGUCCACCAUGGGUUUUUGAGUGCCCCCCUAUUAAUCUCAUUGGCUACGAUACUGCCUUUGACAACAACUUGUCAGGAAUUUGGAAGUUUUUUAAUUUUUUACUUUCCCCAUUUACCUUCGUUGGGCUUCCCCAAUUGCCCUCAGGCAGUUCUUAGAAGCUGCAAAUCAACUGGGGUGUGGAAGAAGAAGAAGAAGAACCUUCCAAAAUGUGUAAUAUUUUCCCCCUGCUUCUGGGUGCACUAUUAUGACAUCACCACAGCUUGUGAUGUUGCCAGCAGCCAAUGGUUACGGAUUGUUUCUGUAAUGCUACUGAAGGCAUCACAGUGGACAAACAGUUCAGUCAGCAUAAUUGGAGCCAAUGAAGCUUAACUGACAUUAGUUGUAAUGCCAGAGAAGGGCGCUUAUCCCAUGACGUGUUGCAGAGUCAUGCUGCAUAUAUUAUUAUUAUUAUUAAUUAUUUAUACCCCGCCCAUCUGGCUGAGUUUCCCCAGCCACUCUGGGCAUAGCCUCCCGAUGAUGUGUCCAGCCUUUCCCAGUCCCUGCCACUACCUGCAUGUUCAGCAGCAUGUGAAGGUGGCCUACACCUCAAGGGACAUAGGUGGCGCUGUGCUCUAAACCACUGAGCCUCCUGGGCUUGCUGAUCAGAAGGUCAGUGGUUCGAAUCCCCAUGACAGGGUGAGCUCUGGUUGCUUUGUCCCAGUUCCUGCCAACCUAGCAGUUCGAAAGCAUACCAGUGCAAGUAGAUAAGUGGGAAGGUAAACGGCAUUUCCGUGAGCUCUGGCUUCUGUCACGGUGUUCUGUUGCGCCAGAAGCAGUUUAGUCAUGCUGGCCACAUGACCUAGAAAGCUGUCUCUGGACAAAUGCUCGCUCCCUCAGCCUGAAAGCGAGAUGAGCGCCACACUCCAUAGUUGUCUUUGACUGGACUUAACCAUCCAGGGGUCCUUUACCUUUUACACCUCAAGUGAAAACUUUUGGAUCAAAAUUGGGAAGUGAGAUUUGAAGUGAUUUCUUUUUUUUAAUAUUGGGAUUCUCCAUGACUGUUCAUGUGGUGUUUUAGAAGUAGGGGGAGCACGGCUAUGUGAGGAAGGGAGUGUUGUGGGAAGAGAGUCUUUGAGUAUAUAGCAACGGUAUUUUUCCCCCCCUGCAGUGACAAAAUAAGCAAUCUUGAGCAAGCUUAGACGUUUCACAAGGCUCAAUCAACAUUCUUGUACAUUCAGUCCCACAAGAGAAGGAAUUUGCUUUCUCACUCUAGCAACUUACACAUCAACUCAACAACUCAAAUUGUUUCUUUUCUUUGCUGGAAAGAAAAUGAGCUCCCAGUUUGCAUAUCUAUUUUUAUAUCAACCGAGAGACAGUUAAUGCCGGAGCCAUUAUGACAAUUUUAUGGAUUUAAAUAGAAAGAGCAGAGAGCAGAUCUGCCUGCCUCUAUACGUCGCCCAUCAAGCUAGACUGCUAUUCCAAAUAUAGUGAAAAAUGAAUCUUGUGGUGACCUUAGGGCUCUAUUCAGUGUUGGCAAAAGAAUUCGCAAGAGCUUGCACCUAAGCUAUCAUGGCAGGGCCAAAGCCCAGCUGAUAGAAGGAAGCAAUAUGUCUGUGAAUGGCAGUUCCUGGGAAUGAUGAGCGUCUGUUGCACUCAUUUCCUGCUUGUGAACUUCCCAUAGGCAUCUGGUUGGUGACUGUGGGAACAGAAUGCAGGAUUAGAGGGGCCUUUGGCCCGAUAUAGCAGAGUUUAUGACUUCGCUCUCUUCUGACCAAGCGAAACCAUCCUAGUUGCUGAUACUGACUUAGCACACUCAGCUGUCUUUUACUUGCAUCGUUGUGGGAAAUCUGUUCAGUCCAAAAUCCAACCUCCUACCAUGUGCCGAGCUCAGGAAAGGAAGAGGGGCCAUGCACCACUAGGCUUCUGGAGGUCAGGGAUCCUAAGGAGUGUUGGCUCCAGCCCAACAUGAUCUCUGUCAUCCACAACUUCCUACACAUGUGGGCAUGCACAUGCGUGUGUGCGCGCGUGUGCGUGCACAUGUGCACACGAGCACACAUACAGCACCCUUCAAUGUUACAGAAAUAUAUCUGGUAUCAAUGUGAAUCAAACCACUUGCCAAUCAAGCAGACUACAGUGGUACCUCAGGUUACAUACGCUUCAGGUUACAGACUCUGCUAACCCAGAAAUAGUGCUUCAGGUUAAGAACUUUGCUUCAGGAUGAGAACAGAAAUCGUGCUCCGGCGGCGCAGCAGCAGCAAGAGGCCCCAUUAACUAAAGUGGUGCUUCGGGUUAAGAACAGUUUCAGGUUAAGUACGGACCUCCGGAACGAAUUAAGUACUUAACCUGAGGUACCACUGUACAGUCUUGUGGAUGGUUAGAGGUACUGGAGAUGAGGUUAUCACAAGUGCAUCAUACGGAGCCACAGCAGGACAGGAAAAAGAAAGGAUUCCUGCACUGCAGAGGGUUGGACGAGAUGACCCUUGUGGUCCCUUCCAACUCUGUGAUUCUGUGAUUUGUGAGGAGGCUUCCUUCACCCUCUUCCCAAAGUGCCUCUGCUCACCAUAGGGGAUAUGGGAUGUCUAAUGCUGUUUGCUAAAUGAAGGUAAACUGAAAAUGUAGAGGAAUAAAGGAGGAGAGAAAAGGAAUGGGUAAACUGAGACAUUAUUGUUGUUGUUACAGUGGUACCUCAGGUUAAGAACUUAAUUUGUUCUGGAGGGCCAUUCUUAACCUGAAACUGUUCUUAACCUGAGGUACCACUUUCGCUAAUGGGGCCUCCCGCUGCCGCUGCACUGCUGCCACAGGAUUUCUGUUCUCAUCCUGAAGCAAAGUACUUAACCCGAUGUACUAUUUCUGGGUUAGUAGAGUCUGUAACCUGAAGCAUCUGUAACCUGAGGUACCACUGUAUUUUACGUUCAUAAAUUUAUUGCAACAACUUAAAAUUCAGCAUUAAACAAAGCUAAAUUGCAGUCACGGGAGUAGGUCGGGUCCAGAAAAAACGACCCACAUCUCAGGUGUUAAUGGCCAGGUUUCUUCAGCAUAUGCCAUGUACUAUACAGUGGUACCUUGGCUUCAGGUUACAUACGCUUCAGGUUACACACUCCACUAAGCCAGAAAUAGUGCUUCAGGUUAAGAACUUUGCUUCAGGAUAAGAACAGAAAUCGGGCCCCGGCGGCGCAACAGCAGCAGGAGGCCCCAUUAGCUAAAGUGGUGUUUCAAGUUAAGAACAGUUUCAGGUUAAGAACAGACCUCCGGAACGAAUUAAGUACUUAACCCGAGGUACCACUGUAUAGUGAAGGUGCCAGGCACACCUCUGUGAGGAGGGAAUUCCACAACAUAGGUGCUGCCACAGAGGAUGCCCUCUACUGGCCCACCUGGCCCACCUCAAACUUCUGAGGGUGGCAGAACUACGAAGUGUGGCCUGUCUGCUGUCUGUAGGGAAGGAGGCUGUCUCUCAGAUAUUUGGGGGCCAAGGUGUUUAUAGCUUUAAACACUACCUAUGACUGGGCCUCAAAAUGAACUGCAAGCCACUGCCGCUGUUUAGAAAAGGGGGAUUAAUACACAACUUUCUUUCUUGAAGGAACCAGCAUUUAGGAGAGAGAUUCCAUUUUCAGGCUCCAGACCUAAUCAGGAACCAUGCUUACCUGGCAGUAAGACCUGAUGAACACAACUUAAUGCACAGUGGGACUUAACUCCUUGCACACAGUUGCCCUUUAUAUCAGUUGGAUUUGCUUUCAAAUGUAUCUGUUGAAAGCAGUUUUGCUUCUGCUAAACUUGCUCUGCAUAACCCUGAAUAGUGCCACAUAAUUGGGGAGGGUAGUCAUUCCAUUAGCAUGUGCGCACAUGCCCCAUGUGCAUUUGCUAACAUGUCUUGAGUCCAAGAGCUAUUGCAUAAGCUUGUGGUGCAGUGCUAUUGACAUGUACAACUUUUUCAUGAAAUUGUGUUCAUCAGGAGCCACAAGUACUGGCAGCAGUAACCUAAAGAGCCCUUGGAAAUUCCCAUUCAUGACUUUACGUGUUUACUACAUUGCUCAACAUAAAGAAAAACAGAGAGGAGGCAGCAGCUGGGGUGGCUGUAGGACAUUAUUUCACACACACCCUCUAAUCCUUCCCUUCAUCCUUACUGGGGACAUAAUUUCUACACAUGGAAUCACCCUACUGCAGAUUUGUUUUAAGUGGUGUCGGAAACUUGGCAUAUCAAUGUUCUUAAUGACCCACUGAGGCAUUAUUAAAUGCUAUUGUUGAUUGUAAUCACAACAAGAUGCUAACUCUCCCAAGCCAAAGCAUUUCGGUAUGGAAGUAGAAAGCUCAUUCUUGAAUCGUCCUGCAUUAAAAGUCCUUGGAAGGGACGGGACUAUAAUGAAUCAUAGAGCAGGGGAGGAAGGAGUAAAAGGACGCAAAAGCACUUUGUCUUCCCUGAAUCACUAGGCUGCUGGCCACUUUUGCUUGUUUUGUUUCUAUAAUAAUAAUAAUAAUAAUUUAUUAUUUAUACCCCGCCCAUCUCCUAGGCUUCCCCAGCCACUCUGGACAGCUCCCAAUAGAAUAAUAAUAAUAAUAUAGUGGUACCUCGGGUUAAGAACUUAAUUCGUUCCGGAGGUCCGUUCUUAACCUGAAACUGUUCUUAACCUGAAGCACCACUUUAGCUAAUGGGGCCUCCUGCUGCCGCCGCACCAGAGCACGAUUUCUGUUCUCAUCCUGAAGCAAAGUUCUUAACCCGAGAUACUAUUUAUGGGUUAGCGGAGUCUGUAACCUGAAGCGUAUGUAACCCGAGGUACCACUGUAGUAAUAAUAAUAAUAAUAAUAAUGUGAUAAAACAUCAAACACUAAAAACUUCCUGACACAGGGCUGCCUUCAGAUGUCUUCUAAAAGUCAGAUAGUUCCACAGGGCGGGCGCCACUACCGAGAAGGCCCUCUGCCUGGUUCCCUGUAGCCUCACUUCUCACAAUGAGGGAACCGCCAGAAGGCCCUCAGCGCUGGACCUCAGUGUCCGGGCUGUGCAAUGGGGGUGGAGACGCUCCUUCAGGUGCAUCUAUGUUGUCUUUUAAAUAUUGCUGGAUAUCCCUGCCAACUAGCUGUGCUAGAACUGCUGGAAGUUGGAGACCAGCAACAUCUGGAGGGUCUUGGUUUCCCUAUGCCUGUUCUAAUGUACAUAACACUUCAGGGCCAUGGUGUCUGGUGUUCCUUGGGACUGGUAGGGUGGCAGGCAGGGAGCUCAACAGUAGGUGGCGCCAGAGCCAAUAAAUUCUAGUUUCAUCCCUAUCCUCCUCCACACUGUGGUAACACUGAAACUAAGGAGGAGGAAGCUGGCCCACAGUGCUACCCCUGGAUUGGUUGUAAGUAAAAAGGCAGCCAGGUGGGGACUGGUUGAGGGCAGACUGAGCUGGAACAGAAUAUUCUCACAUAUGCCAAUGCCGAAUUUAGAUUCCCCCCACAUUAAGCUUGUUGCAGUACUUUCAAACUUAGAAAAUCUCUCCAGCCACCCUCAAGCUGAAUGACCCAAUUCCGUUCUAUGCUCUCUCUUUUUCUGUGAUUGAAAUCUUUAAAUAGAAAUAUUUUCUAGUGUGGAAAAGUUAGUGGAUGAGUAAAAGAAAAUUCCUCAACAGACUUCCAUUUCUAAAGAUGGACAAAAACAUCUCCCACCAUCACUGGAACAGCGAGUACUUCUGAGCUGCCUUCCAUCAAAUAAUGAUAUCACUUUGCAGCACCAGGAAAUCCAUGUUUUCCUUCUUUACCCAUCAUUUUCUCAUUAGAAACUGGGGAAGCAUCCAUAUUUGAGAUCUAUAUCCUUCCUUGUGCUUCUUUUUCCCAUGGACUGGUUACACCCAUUCAGUUCUUACACCACAGCUGUGCAGUUUACUCUAUUUUCUAUUGCUUUUUCCAAGUUUUUCAUAGUUUUACUGGCUCUGGAAGGAGAAACCACUUGGUGCUCACUCUGUCAUUUUUCUUCCGAAUACAAAUCCCCUCAGUGCACAAGUGUUCACUGGCAGACACAACAGCGAUCCCAUAAUUAAUACAAAUAUGGGAUGUGGUGCUGAAAAGUAAGAACAACCCAUUUAUGUCUGGUUCUCUGGCUUGAAGUGGUAAAAUUCGUUUUUGGUGCUUUUUGUUCCUCUGCACAGAGGUCAGGCACUCUUCCAGUUCCUUUAAGAAUAAUAAAGACACUCAUAAAACUGCUCUUUGCAACACUUGGAUUCUCCCACCCUUCUAAACCAAAGGAACAAAGUUCAAAUUACCCUAAAACAGUGUUUCUUUACGCUGCAAUCCAAAGACAAGACCUGCCAAGACAAGAGAGUUUGGAUUGGGCUUUUCUGUCUGAGCAGGGCUCAGGUUUACACCAAUGUAAGUCCCUCACCCCAGCUCAGCUGCGGCACAACCUGCAUAAUUUAAAACAGCAUAAUUUCUGCCAGCAUAAGACCCCAAAACAGGGCACUCCGGGGAAGAGCAGGAUGGGGUAAGGAGGUACUUAUUCUUAUUCCAAGCCAAGGUUGCAGGUUCAAUCCCAGUUGCAGGGGGUUGGACUAGAUGAUUUGCAGAGUGCCUUCCAACUCUACAAUUAUAUGAUUCAAACUGCAUUCAGCUCGGUCACAUUGCCUAGGGCCGUCUUUGAAACUCAGGUCCAAACUCGCCUACUAGCUCAGUCAGUAAUAAUAAUAACAAUAACAAUAAUAAUAAUAAUUUAUUAUUUAUACCCUGCCCAUCUGGCUAGGCUUCCCCAGCCACUCUAGGUGGCUUCCAACAAAAUAUUAAAAUACAGUAAUGCAUCAAACAUUAAAAGUUUCCCUAAAUAGAAGAUGUCUUCUAAAAGUCUGGUAGUUGUUGUUCUCCUAUAAUAAUAACAAUAACAAUAAUAAUAAUAAUUUAUUAUUUAUACCCUGCCCAUCUGGCUAGGCUUCCCCAGCCACUCUAGGUGGCUUCCAACAAAAUAUUAAAAUACAGUAAUGCAUCAAACAUUAAAAGUUUCCCUAAAUAGAAGAUGUCUUCUAAAAGUCUGGUAGUUGUUGUUCUCCUUGACAUCUGGUGGGAGGGCGUUCCACAGGGUGGGUGCCACGACCGAGAAGGCCCUCUCUGCCUGGUUCCCUGUAACUUGGCUUCUCACAGUAAGGGAACCGCCAGAAGGCCCUCGGUGCUGGACCUCAGUGUCCAGGUAGAACGAUGGGGGUGGAGACGCUCCUUCAGAUAUACUGGACUGAGGCCGUUUAGGGCUUUAAAGGUCAGCACCAGCACUUUGAAUUGUGCUCAGAAACGUACUGGGAUCCAAUGUAGGUCUUUCAAGACCGGUGUUAUGUGGUCUCGGCGGCCGCUCCCAGUCACCAGUCUAGCUGCCGCAUUCUGGAUUAGUUGUAGCUUCCUGGUCACCUUCAAAGGUAGCCCCACGUAGAGUGCAUUGCAGAAGUCCAAGCAAGAGAUAACCAGAGCAUGCACCACUCUGGCAAGACAGUCUGCAAGCAUGUAGGGUCUCAACCUGCUUACCAGAUGGAGCUGGUAAACAGCUGCCCUGGACACAGAAUUGACCUGUGCCUCCAUGGACAGCUGCGAGUCCCAGGCUGCGCACCUGGUCCUUCAGGGGCACAGUUACCCCAUUCAGGACCAGGGAGUCCUCCAUACCCACCCACCUCCUGUCCCCCCCAAAACAGUACGGUACUUGUCAGUCUUGUCAGGAUUCAGUCUCAAUCUGUUAGCUGCCAUCCAUCCUCCAACCGUCUCCAGACACUCACACAGGACCUUCACCGCCUUCACUGGUUCUGAUUUGAAAGCGUGGUAGAGCUGGGUAUCAUCCGCAUAUUGAUGGACACCCAGCCCAAACCCCCUGAUGAUCUAGCUCCUGCUAGAGGCUCCUGAACAGUGUUUGGAAUAGGGAGAACUUAGGCUGGCAUAAUUUAUGCCGGCAUCCUGUAGUUAGGAUUGUUCUGCCCUUCUUACUGAACAACUGCCAAACUUAAGUGAGGAACAAAGAACUGAGCAAGGGCCUAGGGAAGUAUGGUGCUAAAGUGUUGGGGUGCAACGUGGAAAGAUGGUGUUGGCAUAAAUAAGAGUGGUGGGUUGAGUAGAUGGCUUGAAGCUGGUGUAAUUUCCUUGGAUUGCUCUCCGAGGCUACAAUGCUAUGAACACUUGCCCAUUGAAUUCACUGGAACUUACCUCUGGGUAAAACAAAAUAAAAAAAAAAUCCUUCCAGUAGCACCUUAGAGAGCAGCUAAGUUUGUUAUUGGCAUGAGCUUUCGUGUGCAUGCACACUUCUUCAGAUACACUGAAACAGAAGUCACCAGACCCUUAUAUAUAGUGAGAGGGUGGGGAGGGGUAUUACUCAGAAGGGUGGUGGGAAUGAGUGAUUGGCUGAUAGGUGUGGUAAACCUGUUGACGACUGUUAACGACUGCAAUUGGUUUUACAGGAAAAAGCAAGGGGUGAGAUGGCUAAAGAUAGCUUUAUCAUGUAUAAUGAGAUAAGAAUCCAAUGUCUUUGUUCAGACCAGGUCUCUCCAUGGUUUUUAGUCUGGUAAUAAGUUGCAAUUCAGCAACUUCUCUUUCCAGUCUAUUUCUGAAAUUCUUUUGUAAUAAGACAGCUACUUUGAGAUCUUGUAUAGAAUGUCCUGGGAGUUUGAAGUGUUCUCCUACUGGUUUCUCUGUCUUGUGAUUCCUGAUAUCAGAUCUAUGUCCAUUUAUUCUUUGGCAUAGGGUUUGGCCUGUUUGUCCAAUAUAGAGAGCUGAAGGGCACUGUUGGCAUCUGAUGGCAUACACAACAUUAGAAGAUGAGUAAUUAAAUAGUCCUGGGAUGGUAUGUUUGAUGAUGUUGGGGCCAGUAAUGGUGUGUCCAGGUGUAUGUGGCAGCAAUACACCUGGUGUUGUCCGGGUGUAUGUGCAUGCUUACCUCUGGGUAAGCAUGCAUAGUGUUGUGGUCUUAAGAGUACAACCAACUACACAUACACAUACUGUGAAGCAAGUUCCAUUGAACUCAGUGGGGCUGGCUUCAAAUUUAGACAUAUUACUUUGAAAUAGACUUGUAUAGGAUUUCACUGAAAGUGAUAUAAAUGAGUCCUUUAUAGUUUAAAAUCAAUAGAAGACCCAGCAGACUUUUACUUUGGAAAAAGCACGAGGUGGAGAAGUGAACUAUACAUUUAGGAAAGAAAUAGAUGUUUAAAGAGUUGAGUCUCUCAUAAAAUAAAAUUGAAAUCCUUAAUACAACAACUUAUUUUUAUUUAUUAACAAUAAAUGCAGAAGGCCAUAGUCUUAACCCCAGUAACCUGGGAGUAAUCCUCGCUGAAUUCAGCAGGACUUACUUCUGAGUACACCUAGUUAUGGUUGCACUGUAAGGCAUUGCAUGAGAAAAAAUAUGUAUGGCAAAUAGGCUUGCAGUUAUCUUUAAAAAAUGCUCUGUAUGGGUGUGGAGGGACUCCACUGUUUAAUUAACAAAAGGUCCUGAGUGUUAGAAAGCAUACAGAAUAUAAUACCUUUGUGACAGUACCUUUCAUUUGCAGCUGUAGUGAAAUCUCUCACUUUUUUCACGUAUGCCUUUUACUAUGGCACAGGUCCACAUUUUUUUCAUAAUUGGGUUCAGGAUGUUUAUGGACUACAUGCCCUUAGUGGCCUGAUAGCAACAGAUGUCAAAAUCUCAGGCCAUAAUUUACUAGAACAGGAUAUUCGGUUAAAUGUCAGUAAAUGAAGAAUAUACUAAAAUAGCAGUAAUUAGAGAUGGAAAUGGUCUAUUAAACCCUCCAAUCUACACUGGGUUCAAGUUUCUCCUCCCAGCUAUUAUUAGUUUUGAAUUAUGAAGAAAUUUCAGAAAUACUAGUAUUGCGCAAUGAUUAUUCACUUUUUAAAGCAAAACAAUCCCCCCCACCCCCCGUCUCUCUGUCUCUCUAAAGUAUGAAAUACAGACCUCUAGUGGUCAAAGUCAUGUAUUUGAGGGGAAAUAGAUUUUGAAGCAGUUGAAAGCCAGUUUGCUCUGGAUAAUAGUAUAAUUAUCCUCAUUUUGCACCCAACUUAACGGUCAAAAGAAAAGGAGUGUGGCUCUAACCGAGAAGAUCAUCAUUAUUUCAACUCUCCUGUAGUCAUGCUUUCAGCAGGCAUUUUCCGACAGAGGACACAAAGUAAGCUGUCUUCUCCUUUCAACAGUUUAAGAAGCCAGGACUCAAGUGCAAUUUUUCACAUCUUCAGUAAGGUCAGAAAUGUCUUGCUAGAUGGGGUGGAGGGACUAUGCUAGCUUUCUGGCAGGUUGGUCAUUGUUGCUUACAGGGAGACAUGGAGGAGUAGAGUGGCAGGGAAACCAAUGACAAUCUCUCUGGUAUUUUGCCCCUUCUCCCCUUCUGUUGGGAAUCUAGCAUAGCGGCUCCACCCUAUCUGGUGAGCUACUUCUGAGUGAAGUUUUUCAGUUUCUACUUCUCUGUCCCUCCACAAGGCCAUUCAAAGCCCGGGGACCUCAAGACCAGCAAACCCCACCACCACCCCUUACUGGAAGUAAAACAAUUAACCUAAAAGAGAACGUUCCACAAUAUCACCCAUCUCAAACCCUAUGAUUCACAAGUGUGGCCCUGCUGGUGGUGGCACUGAGCCAUGGCAGGUCCUUCUUGGUGGUGGCUCUCCAUUUGUGCUAAUGCUCCCAUCUACCCCCUGGGAUGCACCUGUCUUCCUUGUUAUUAACAUUCAGGAGAAUCUAGAACCAUUCCUGUUCAGCCAGGCAUUUUGUGGCUGAAACAACUUUUCCUGGCAGCCUUGAAACUGUGAGGUGUGAGGAUAUGCAAUUGUUUUUAAAUGACUGAAGACUCACAUGAGGAGGCAGUGCCCCCAACACCAGCACAAAAUAUCCUGAAAUAUCCCUCCCCCAGACCUGCCCCAGCCCAUUUCCGAGCACAAUUCAAAGUGUUGGUGCUGACCUUUAAAGCCCUAAACAGCCUCGGUCCUGUAUACCUGAGGGAGCCUCUCCACCCCCAUCGUUCUGCCCGAACACUGAGGUCCAGCGCCGAGGUCCUUCUGGCGGUUCCCUUGCUGUGAGAAGCCAAGUUACAGGGAACCAGGCAGAGGGCCUUCUCGGUAGUGGCGCCCGCCCUGUGGAAUGCCCUCCCAUCAGAUGUCAAGGAAAUAAGCAACUAUCCUAUUUUUAAAAGACAUCUGAAGGCAGCCCUGUUUAGGGAAGUUUUUAAUAUCUAAUGCUGUAUUGUUUUUAACACUCGAUUGGGAGCUGCCCAGAGUGGCUGGGGAAACUCAGCCAGAUGGGCAGGGUAUAGAUAAAUUAUUAUUAUUAUUAUUAUUAUUAUUAUUAUUAGAGGCAUCCUUGGUGGGGACUGACAAAUAAGUGUGGGUGGGUAUGUAAAAAGCCAUACACAUCUGCACUAAGAAAAAUAUACAGUGGUACUUCGGGUUACAGACGCUGCAGGUUACAGAUGCUUUAGGUUACAGACUCUGCUAACCCAGAAAUAGUACCUCGGGUUAAGAACUUUGCUUCAGGAUGAGAACAGAAAUCGUGUGGUGGCAGCAGGAGGCCCCAUUAGCUAAAGUGGCACCCCAGAUUAAGAACAGUUUCAGGUUAAGAACAGACCUCCAGAAUGAAUUAAGUUCUUAACCUGAGGUACCACUGCAAUGAAAAAAGUAACAUUGGCUUAGUUACUGCUAUUUUUCUAGAAAAAGAGGUGCUGGAACUCACCAUGAACGCCUCCCUUGUUCUCUUAUAAUGGCAAUGGUGCCCACCUGAGAGGUGCUGGAACUGAGUUCCGGUGAGUUCAAGCUGGAAAAAAAUCCAGCUUAGUUUUUGCUACCUCAUUAAGAUCCUGUUUCACCUCCGACAAAGCCCAGAAUCCCUCCAAAGCACAAUGCUUUGCCGUGGGGUUCCUCCAAAUCCUCAGCAAAAACCUACUCCAUACCUCCAAGCAAGGCUGUGGCGUAUGAAAGAACACAUUCUUUGCAUGCAGAAGUUCCCAAGUUCAAUUUCUGGCAUUUCCAGGUGGGGAUAGGGGAGAAAUUCUAUUCAGGUCACAUUUAAAAGCAAAUCUACUGAAUUUGUACUUUUUGGAACAAUUUGCAUACUGAAGCACAACCAUCCUUCAAAAUUCUACCCUCUCCGGUAGUGCAGUUCUCCAGCCCAAUUAAAGUAAACAAAAAUGCAUAUAUUAGGGAAAACUAUACGAAAAUGCAUUUUUUAAAAAUACAAAAAUGCAUUAUAUUAGGGAGAUUGCUUUGCAAAUAUGUGCAUAUCAGUCAAAACUGCAUACAAAGUACAGUGGUACCCCGGGUUAAGUACUUCAUUCGUUCCGGAGGUCUGUAUUUAACCUGAAACUGUUCUUAACCUGAAGCACCACUUUAGCUAAUGGGGCCUCCUGCUGCCGCCACGCCGCCGGAGCACAAUUUCUGUUCUCAUCCUGAAGCAAAGUUCUUAACCUGAAGCACUUUUUCUGGGUUAGCGGAGUCUGUAACCUGAAGUGUAUGUAACCCAAGGUACCACUGUAAGUUGAUUAGGAGAAAUGUGCGCUGAAAUGUUGGUGGACUUCCAUGAGGAAUUUUUUUUUUUUAAUUGCAAAUUGUUGUGGGAUGUGGAGAACUGGAUAUAAAAUUGGAAAGAUGAGAAAACUGGCAGAUUUGUCCAUCGCUACUCUCCAGGUAGAGCUGGAAAUGUCUUGUGCACGGAAUCCUGGAAAGCUGCUACCAGUCUGUGUAGACAAUACUGAGAUAAACAGGCAAAUGAUAUGAGUUUGUAGAAGGUCUCUCUCUCCCUCUCUCUCUCAUUACUCCUUUCCCACCAUUCAUCCCAAGAAAGAAAAAUCCAGCAAGCAUUUCAACAACACCAGAAAACCUCUAUCAAACCACAGAAGUUGUCUCGGGGUGGUAAUGAUGAUGGGGCCUGAACAUCUGAAGUAGGGACUCCAUUAUGGCAUUAAUGUUGAGCAUGCUGGGUUGGAUACAGAGUUAAGUGCUUAUAAUGGGACAGGUAGAAGCUGGGAUCCCCUGCUGAAUAGAAUGGAUGAGGACUGAGGAGAAAAGAGAAACCCUCACAAAUCAGAUGGAAACCCCUUGGAUGAACAGAACGGCCACUCACAAAAAAUGCCUCUGUUCAGUUUUUAAGGAUCCACUCUUCACGCUCCGACUCCUACAUCACAGCCUAUGCCAUUCAGCAUGACACCCUUGCAACCUUCAGUGGAAUAGUUUGGAGGUGCUGGCAGGCUGGCCUAUCUCUCCUCCCAUCCAUCCAUUUUAAAAGUAAUAAUAAUAAAUUUAUAAAACCCCACAUUUUCUUGUGACAAGCACACACAACAACCCUGAUUAUGUUGAGUGUUAUUGACUGGCCUGAGUUCACCCAGUGAGCUUCAUGAAUGUGAAGCCAUAUCUCCCUAGACCUAGUCCAUCACUCUAACCACUUGUUGCUAUUGCCAGGGUGAGUAGCCAGGUGAGAAGGAAUUGAGAAUCUGGAGGACUGAAAGGUAAGAGCUAGGAAGAUCUAGGGCUGUAUAAGCAGUGUGGAUGAAGGAGUUAAAUUCUCCUCCCACUAUUAAAAUCCAAGCCAGAGAUUCAUUAUGGGGUUGCAGCGCUCAUCUCAUAUUUGAGAUGAGCAUUAUGAACCCCCAAGGCUCAUAUUUCUGAAACAGGAAACAUAAGUUUUGGUGCUAUUGCUAAUUGUCAGGUCCAUGAGAACACUCUUCCCCACUAGCUGGCCCUGGUGUGUUUAUAUACAGGAAAUGAGGAUAACCUUAGGAUCAUGGGAUUAAUAAUUGUGGGAGUAAAUAUUUUUAUUUUGGUGCAUUAUUGCUUCUAGCCAUACAAGAUAACUGCAGCAAGGAACUCAGAACAUUAUGUUUCUCACUGCAGCAGUUAAAGGGACAGCUAGGGGAAAAAGAAACCAGAAAUGGAUGAAAGGGAACAAAAUCCCUAGUUAAUUGGGGGAGGGGAAUACUUAAAGCCAGGGCUUUUUUCCUGCCAGAACUCAGUUCCGGCACUUCUCAGGUGGGCGCCAUUGCCAUUAUAAUAGAAAAAGGGAGGCGUUCAUGGUGAGUUCUGGCACCUCCUUUCCAUAAAAAUAGCACUGCUUAAAGCUAUUCUUAAUAAACAUAUUUCAAAUGUUCUUCAGCAUCACUUCUCACUUUGAAAAUAAUGAUUACUGGCAUCUUUGUCCAAAAUCUUGAUUCUAACUUUUUUGUGGCUGUUCACAGCCUGUGCUUUCCGGUUGUUUUCCUAUUCUGCUUGUUGGGCACUUGCAAGCUCUCCCCUACCCCAUUCUUCCUCAAGUGAUCCUGGCCAAUCAGUGAUAAGAAACUGGACAUAAUGAUGUCAUCACGAUAUGUAGCCAGUCAGGAUUUGUUGUGUGGUGAUGUCUACUGAAGCCCAUUAGACUGAGGACAAUUUUCUGUACAUGGGCAAACCUUAACAGUUAUGGAUAACUACUAGGCCUAGAGAGUUUAUCAGCCUUUCCACAAUAAACCCUGGGGAAGUGUUGAAAGGGUGGUCCUUUUCCAUUGUAAUGAAUGAUAUGCCCACACUGACACCCAACCACCCAUAUAUUUGGCUCAGUUAUAUUGCCGAAUGGUUUCCAUUCUUCACUGAGGAAAUUGUAGAAUGAAGUUGGUAUGUACUGUUGCCACUUUUGUGGAAAAAAGAAACAUACUCCAACCAUAUAGGUAAAGGGACCCCUGACAGUUAAGUCCAGUUGUGGACGACUCUGGGGUUGUGGCGCUCAUCUCGCUUUAUUGGCCGAGGGAGCCAGUGUACAGCUUCCAGGUCAUGUGACCAGCAUGAUUAACCUGCUUCUGGCGAACCAGAGCUGCGCACGGAAAUGCCGUUUACCUUCCCAUUACUAUUUUUGACCAUUAAGCAUCCGAUCCCUGUGCAAAACCCUGUUUCCAUGUAAAACACACUCUCAGAUAGAUCAGGGAGAUAUUCCAGAGUGGGGGAAGGAAUUAAUGUAAUGGUGGCGGGGGGGCGGAGUCUAUGCAGUUUUUCAGAGUGAAUAAUGUGAGUGCCUCCAGACUGUCAGUAUUUUGCUGGAGGGGUUAAAGUGGGACAUAAGAAGCUGCUCUAUACAGAAUCAGACCACUGGUCCAGCUAGCUCAGUAUUGUUGACACUGGUGGCAGUGGCUCUCCAUAGUUUCAGAAAGCAUUUAUUUUGGAGGAAUUGAAACUGGGCCCUUCUGCAUGCAAGGCAAAUGCUCUGAACCUGAGGUACAGCCCGUCUCCUGGGAUAGGGGAUACCAGAACUUUAAAGGGACCCCUGACCAUUAGGUCCAGUCGUAGCUGACUCUGGGGUUAUGGCACUCAUCUCGCUUUACUGGCCAAGGGAGCCGGCGUACAGCUUCCGGGUCAUGUGGCCAGCAUGACUAAGCCGCUUCUGGCAAACCAGAGCAGCGCACGGAAAUGCCGUUUACCUUCCCACCAGAGCGGUUCCUGUUUAUCUACUUGCACUUUGACGAGCUUUCGAACUUCUAGGUGGGCAGGAGCAGGGACUGAGCAACGGGAGCUCACCCCGUCAUAGGGAUUCGAACCGCCAACCUUCUGAUCGGCAAGCCCUAGGCUCUGUGGUUUAGACCACAGUGCCACCCGCGUCCCCGACGCCAACCAUAUAUGCACCCACAAAGAGUGACGCUUUCAUUCCAUUUGCAAAAGAGAGUCAUGGCACUCUGCUGACCUUUCGACAGGCUCCAUGGCUGCUUGCUAUCUCAAAAGUCCUUGUCAGAAAACAAACACUGCAAGUUUAUGUGAGCUUGAAAUCUGGCUUGUGGCGUUCGGUUACAUGAUUACGGUUAAUGAAGUUCUCGCAGGAAGCUGCAGUCACUGGCAUCUCGUUUUUCAUUCAGCAAAGAGCUGUUUACCUUGCAGAGGCCCAGCAUCCUCCUCUGUUAUCUCAGGCAGUUUAAUUAGAAGGCAUGAUCGUCCAACAUAGGAAAUGAGUAGAGUGCUAAAUAAUGGUUGGUGGAACAGUCUGAAGCAGCACAUUCUCAUCAGUGACUUAUCAUAAUCAUUGUAAUUAAAAAUAAAAAAAAUAAAAGGUCAAACAGGACAGUCAUGUACAACAGGGAUUAGCAGCUCCCCAGAUAAUUUGUUGAAAAAUGGAGCCUCAAGCAGCCCCCACCACCACCAUUUAUACUUGCUUGAAUGUCUGCUCUGUUAACAAAAGCUUUCUGUGCCUUGCCAGUCCUAAAAAGAGGUCAAUCUCCUACUAUUAUAUUGUUGCCAGGGUUCCAGUUGGAAUUGUAUAUCUAUGGAAUUAAUUUGCACCCAUCACAUGCAUUAGUCAAAAGAUAACAGCAGCAUAUAAAAAGCAGUUUGGCAUCUAUAAUUGUGAUGAUUGUCAUAGUCUUGCCAACUAGAAGUUUUGACCUUUUAUCAGAAUACUUACUCAGGAAGUUAAAAACAAAAACUAAUCUACUGUUCCAUUUUUAUUUUUACUUUGGGGGCUUUCCACAUUUGUCAUUUAUACUGGUAUGACUUCUGGGGGUUUUUUUCCAGAUUUUUUUCAUCGUCUUUAUUCAGCUAGUCUUCUGAAAUGAUUCCCUGGGAAGAAGGAUUGAUGGUUAAACCACUCUUAGAAUUGUAGCUCUGUGAAGGGAAUAGGGGGGUCUCCUAAUAAUUCUCAGCGCUCCUAACAAAUUACAGUUCCCAGGAUUCUCGGGGAUGGGGGAUCCAUGGCUGCUUAUAGUGAUAUGAUACUGCUUUGAAUGUGUAGUGCGGAUGGGCCGCCACUCUCCAAUAACAAUGACAUACAGUGGUACCUCGGGUUAAGUACUUAAUUCGUUCUGGAGGUCUGUUCUUAACCUGAAACUGCUCUUAACCUGAAGCACCACUUUAGCUAAUGGGGCCUCCUGCUGCCGCCUCGCCUCUGGAGCACGAUUUCUGUUCUCAUCCUGAAGCAAAGUUCUUAACCUGAAGCACUAUUUCUGGGUUAGCAGAGUCAGUAACCUGAAGCGUAUGUAACCUGAAGCGUAUGUAACCUGAGGUACCACUGUAUGGCCAAAGAGACAGACAAUCAGCUACAAAGUCACUCUUUAAAAUGUUGGAUCAAACAGCAACUGUAACACUAUAAGUGGCAAGUGCAGAAAAGUGUGAGACUGGAACCAGUAUUGUUGCCACAAACUUUCAAUACUUUUCCCUUGUCCUUAAAUAAAACAAGUGGGGUUUUUUUCCAACAACAUUGUGGUGUCUUUAUUAUAUAUAUGCAGCUGUAACUCACCAGAACUCAGUUCCGGCACCUCUCAGGUUGGCGCCAUUGCCAUAAUAAGAAAACAAGGGAGGUGUUCAUGGUGAGUUCCAGCACCUCUUUUUCUAGAAAAAUAGCACUGUAUAUGAUAUAUGGUUUAUUUAUAUACUAUGUAAGAGGGGCUCACAUAUAUAACACCCCAGAAGGUAUUUCUUCUACCAUAGCCAAAGUCUUGGAUUCAAGCAGGAAUCAAGCAUGUUUCUCACUCUCUGGUUCCUGCCUUCUUCCUACUUCUAGUCCAGCUCUCUCACACACCCAAUUCUGGUCUUUGUCCUUCUCACGACCCACCAGGUGAGGGAGGGGGCCCCCCUUUUGCCCUCUGGCACAGAGCAAACUUCUUAUACCAACUUAUACUUAGGGGCAUUGUGGCCCUUGCCUGGCUAAUUCAACAGUGGGAUCUUCCAUUAGAUUCAAACGCUUACUGAAUCCAGGAAUUAGAAGAAACUCGCGUCUACAGCCUAACUCCCAGCCCCUACCAUGACCAAGAAAAACCCACCCUCACAACAAUAAUUUUAACUGGAUUCUCUGGUGGAGGCUUCUAGUGUAUCUUUAGAGAACCGUGAGUUGGAUCCAGAAGCAGUUCCUCCAAUGGGGAAAUCCCCCUCCACUGGCAGAUGCACCUCUGCGUCCAUCCCAGUAUUUUCAGGCUGUGCUGUGGCAUUUGGAAGAACUUCAUUUCCAAGUAGCAACCAACCAUGGGAUGCAAGUAACAGCUUGGUAAUCCAGCUAGCUGUAAUGGCCACUCUUCUGCUUGAUUUUGAAAGGUUACAGUGACUAUAUUUUAGGCAGCACAUUAAUAUAGAUCAGAUUGGACCAGUAACCUCUCUCUCUCUCUCUCUCUCUCUCUCUCUCUCUCUCUCGCCUGCAUUUCACAAGUUCCAAAGCCAAAAGAAGCCCUGCAGUUAUUACUUCAGUCGGGAAGGCAUUUUGCCACUAUUCUUCUCUGGAACAAUAUUUUUAAUGUUUUGUUUCUACAAGCAAGUUUAGAUUUAAGGCCUCCCCAUGGUGAAUCUUAAGUAUCUGUAGGAAACCUAAAUGGCACUAAGCCUAUAUUUUCAUGAGACCUUUAAAAGCACAAAGACACACAUUAAAAACUGAUAUGGAAAUAUGGAGAACUGAAUUUAAGAUUAAAAAAUUGAGAAAACAAAAUUGACACUUUUGCCUAUCUCUGUUCUUUAGUAGUAAGUGUGCAAAAGUUUGGAUUGUCAUUUCUUAAAGCAUUUCUAAACAUUCAUGAAGAAAAGAAGAUCGGGUUGUAUCCUGCAAAUUUCCCUUUAUGACCUCUUUUUAAGUGUAUUUGUUAUAGUUAAUCAACAAAAUGGGAGCAUGAUGGGAAAUAGAAGCAAAUAUGAAGCCUGAUGAAAGAAAACACAAAUUAAAUUAUGUUCCUGCUUAAUUGCUGUGUAGACUCUACACAGCUCUGCAAAGCUCAUUAAAUUAAUUUCAUUAUAAUAACUAAUUACAGGGUGAUCUAUCAAAAUACAAAGCUGUUGUUUUUUUAUAUAUCUUUGAAAAGGUCAAGGCCAAUUUCACUAUUUUCCCUUUUCUAUAGUUAGCUAGCAUUUAAAAAGCAAGGGGGGAGGAAAGUUCAUUAUUGUUGCAUAAUGCAAAUUUCCGCAAUUUACCUCUCAAUGAAAUACAGGACAACUAUUGAUGGUUUGAACAGAUCCAGAGUGCAUCACAUAGGUAUUUUGAUCAGCACAGAAUUAUGCAGCUGGAUAAUCUGCCACUAUCACUGAUACCCAGAAUGCAGCCGUGAAAUGUUUGUGAUCGUUUGGUCGGCUCUUAAGAACGAAUGCUCCUCCCGAUUUAAGUGUCUUUCAUGCAUUGUCUAGAGAAAUUUUGCACUUUCCCUAGAUUAGUGAUAAUGUAAAUGAAAUGGAUUGCAGUAAAUGGAGAAAUCACCAUGCUACAGUUUUUAUAACUAAAUCUUCAUGUUUACUGGCAAAGAAAGGGGGAUAAUUUAGUGCAAGGCGUAGGUAUGUUGCAAGCUGUUAUGCUGCGUCACAUUGGUGGUAGCUGCCAUCUUGAUUUUCCACUUCAGAAAGGAUGUGUUUCUGCUUCAGUUGUUAAGCUUUUCACUUGCUUUCAGAUUUUCAUACCAGUGCAACAGCUGUGGAUUUCCUGAAGAACAUCUUUUAUCGGUGCUACCUUUGGAAGCGUUAGAAGUUCCCUUGACUAUAAAAAUCCAAUUUGGAUCUUAGCAAUAGUUCCUCAGUGCAGCUUAGACACUGGGCCCCUUGGCCGUUAUUUCUCAAAGUAAUAUAACCUCAAGCAAAUAGCUUGGCAAGGACAUACAGGUGAUAAGGUUACAAAAAUAUCUCACGUAAACUUUAUCGUGAGAAAGUCACACAGCUGUCAUGUUCCAGGAAUCUACAAUACCAAAUAGUAUUUCUUAAUGAGCAAACAAGAAAGGCCGUCACUAUACCUUGCAUGCCCUCCAAAUGUCCUGGGAGAACCAGGACACCCCAUUUUUCCUCACAAGAGCAUGGCAAUAAUUUUGGGUGCUGUGAUCUCUCGCGAUUUUGCACCGAGAUCUCACCCCAGAAAAAGCACCUUUUUCAGGGCUGCAAUCUCACACAGCACCCCAAAACGCACAUUUUGGGGCACCAUGAGAGCGCCCCUCAAGAAAUGUGUCUUUUGUGGUCUCAAGCGGAUCAGAUGACUCACACAGGAGCACGGAUGGGAAGACACACAUCCUGGUUUCAGGACUUAACAUACUGAAGGAUAUUAUCUUGUGCAAUUAAAAUAGGCAACAUCUGAAUGGGGACACACAAAGAUUCCUUGAGCAGACCAAACAAGAACCUGUUUCCCACCCAUAAUGGCCAACCGGGGGUCUCUAGGAAAGUGACCAGGGCAAGAAAGUUAUAGCCUUCCCCCAGCAACUGGAACUCAGUGGCAUACUUUCUCUGAAAGUUCAUGGUCCUCUUAUUUCAUGCCCUCAAAAUUCCAAACUAAGGUGGUUUUAUUCAGGAGAUUAUAAUACCAUAUUGGCCCAAAUAUAAGAUGCAUGCCUCCCCCCACCCCAAAUUCCAACCGUGAAAAGUUAAAGUUCAGCUUAAAUUCGCAACCUUACAAAAAUUGGCUUUUACGAUAUCACUGCUGCAACAGACACAUGGUAUUGACAGUGCGGUAUUGAUUUGCCUUUAUGGUGCUACAAACAGGUAAUAAUAAUAAUAAUAAUAAUAAUAAUAAUUAAUAAAAAAUAUUAUUUAUACCCCGCCCAUCUGGCUGAGUUUCCCCAGCCACUCUGGGCAGAUCCCAAUCAAGUAUUAAAAACAAUACAGCAUUAAAUAUUAAAAACUUCAGAUGCCUUCAGAUGUCUUUUAAAGAUAGGAUAGCUACUUAUUUCCUUCACAUCGGAAGGGAGGGUGUUCCACUACCAAGAAGGCCCUCUGUCUGGUUCCCUGUAACCUUACUACUCGCAAUGAGGGAACCGCCAGAAGGCCCUCGGCGCUGGAUCUCAGUGUCCGGGCUGAACGAUGGGGGUGGAGACGCUCCUUCAGGUAUACAGGACUGAGGCCGUUUAGGGCUUUAAAGGUCAGCACCAACACUUUGAAUUGUGCUCGGAAACGUACUGGGAGCCAAUGCAGAUCUCUCAGAACCAGUGUUAUGUGGUCCUGGCAGCCACUCCCAGUCACCAGUCUAGCUGCCACAUUCUGGAUUAAUUGCAGUUUCCGGGUCACCUUCAAAGGUAGCCCCACGUAGAGCGUGUUGAAGUAGUCCAAGCGGGAGAUAACUAGAGCAUGCACCACUCUGGUGAGACAGUCCGCGGGCAGGUAGGGUCUUAGCCUGUGUACCAGGUGGAGCUGGCAGACAGCUGCCCUGGACACAGAAUUAACCUGCGCCUCCAUGGACAGCUGUGAGUCCAAAAUGACUCCCAGGCUGUGCACCUGGUCCUUCAGGGGCACAGUUACCCCCGGGAAUCCCCCACAUCCGCCCGCCCCCUGUCCCCCCAAAACAGUACUUCUGUCUUGUCAGGAUUCAACCUCAAUCUGUUAGCCGCCAUCCAUCCUCCAACCGCCUCCAGGCACUCCACAGGACCUUCACCGCCUUCACUGGUUCUGAUUUAAGGGAGAGGUAGAGCUGGGUGUCAUCUGCAUACUGAUGAACACCCAGCCCAACCCCCCUGAUGAUCUCUCCCAGUGGCUUCAUAUAGAUAUUAAAAAGCAUGGGGGAGAGGGCGGAACCCUGAGGCACCCCACAAGUGAGAGCCCAGGGGUCUGAACACUCAUCCCCACCACCACCCCUUUCUGGACACGGCCCAGGAGAAAGGAGCGGAACCACUGUAUGACAGUGCCCCCAGCUCCCAGCCCCUCUAGACGGUCCAGAAGGAUGUUAUGGUCGAUCGUGUCAAAGUGUUUAAGCCACUUGCGGAGCCACUCUAGUACCAGUAGGAUUUUCUUCUACAUUUGUCAUUUACAGGUGUGAGUGCCUGUGGAAUUUCAAGGGAGUGACUUAUAUUCGGGUAUUGUCUCCCCCCCCCCCUUGAAUUUUAAAGGUGCGGCUUAUAUUCAGGCCAAUACGGUAGUUCAUUCACUGCAUCAUCUGGAACAGUGCCGGGGAACCUGUGACCCCGAUGUUGCUGGAGUGCAGCCACAACCAUCAGACAUUCUGGGAAGGGGCUGGUGGGAGUCCAGAAACACCCCUGAUUUAGAGUGUGUUCUACCAUGUACCCAAAAUUCCAUUUGUGUCUGCUGGCCAAAAGAGGCUGGUGACCCAAUGGAACCUUAAUUCCCAAGUAGUGCCGCUGAAAGUAAGCCUAUAUUUCCCUCAUAUGGCUACAGUUUCCAGAGUACCCCUUGAAGAAGGCUUGAUUUUUAAAUCACUCUGAAAAGUAUAGCUCUGGGAGCGGAACAGGGGUCUCAUAACAACUCUCCGCAGCCUUAGCAAAUCACAGCUCCCAGAAUUCUUUGGAGGGGGCAAGCCAUGGCUCCUUAAAGUGUUAUCAUAGAGCUUUAAAAGCCUGAUGUGAUGGCAGCCUUAUGAUUCGCCAAAAGGCAAUUCUCUUUAUUCUUUUUUGUGGCGAACUGAAAGGCAAUCCUGAUUAAUAAUGAGGCUAAUAGUUUUGGCACUAGGGUGUGUCAAAUGUUGCACAUGUUUAAAAACCCUAAAAUGGGACCUUCUGUGGUCAGUAUAUUGCUUUAUUUCCUCAAAGCAUGAAUUAUUGAGAAACCUCCGUUUAAAAUAUCUGCCUUAACUUUUUAAACUUCAUAAAAAUAACAAAGAUUCUUUCUGAGAGGUGCCUAAACUAUAAUUUACAGUCAAAUUUCCCAUGAAUAGGGGAAAUUAAAUUGUGGUCCUUGACAAAAGUUUGAUAUUCAGUUGCGCAUAAUUAGGUAUUCAGUGCUAGCGCAAUUCCUAAGAAACUGAAUGAUCCUUAGCUAAUAUAAGUGCAUUCUGUAGCACUCGUCCUCUGUGAAACAACACUUUUGCUAUAAUGGAAUUAUAUCCAGGAGUCAUUGCAGAUAUUCAGAGUUAACAUGCUCUUUUGCAAUACUGCACCCCCACAAUUUGUCAAUUAAACAACAAGUAGCCAUGGAAUCACAGAGUGCAGUCAAGUUUCUAUCCAGGAAUAAAUAUAGCUUCAACCAGUGCUGCAGUUAGACAAUUCUAAGGGUGGUGUUCAACUAACUUUUAUCAACUAACUAAAUCCAUCAAAAUUAAUGGCCCUACAUUAGUCAUGACCAUGAAUUUCAAUGGGCCUACCCAUUGAAAAAUUAGUUGAGCACACCCCUAAAUUUUUAAAUUCUGGAUUUAAUGGUUUUAAGAGGGGGCCCUCUCUUUAGAUAGUAGUGUCUAUUACUUCACUUGCUUCAGAAAUACCCUCCUGCUCAUUUUGCUGAGUAUUAUGCUCUCUUUAUGUAUCUGCUCAUUUUGAAUAGGACUAAAGUCCUAUUCACAUGACAUGGCAUGCACAUGAAUGAAUGUAGGUAAGGCAGGUUGGUAUCCACUACCCCCACCCUGAGGUGCAUGCAUUCAGCAGACCUUGUGAACAAACCCUACACAAGUAUGAACUGUAUGUCUAGAGCAGUGAUGGCCAAACUUGGCCUUCCAGCUGUUUUGGGACUACAGUUCCCAUCAGCCCUGACCACUGGUCCUGUUAGCUAGGGAUGAUGGGAGUUGUAGUCCCAAAACAGCUGGAGGGUCAGGUUUGGCCAUCAUUGGUCUAGAGGAUCAGUCCACACAUUCUGGGAUCCUGUAAAACUCAGUUUGUACCUAUUAACUAUUCAAAAGACCCUUCUGAACCUGCACCAACCAGGAAUGUGAUUACAGGGUGUAUGAUGUCAUGUGAACAGAUCUUAUGUGAAUUCACAAUACAUGGCUGCUGCUUCUGCCAAUGGAACAACUAACUACUUUCCUGUUACAGGCAACACACCCCAAAUAUACAAUUUCUUCAUACUAUUAUUCCAUUACAAUCAGCAAGAAAACAUGUUUGGUUCAUUGAUUUUGGCUCAUAUUUAUUUUAAUCAUAGUGACUUAGCAUACCCAAAGUGAGUUUAAGAAUAAAGCCAAUAUGCUUGCUAAUCAGACACAAAUUAACUUUUGGCAAGAGAUCCACGUAAGUUCAGAUAGACAAGUUUCUGAAUGCCAAGAGGUUUUGUUUUCAUUAACAGCUAUUAAACUUCCAUGAUCCAAGACGACCUCUUAAGUGAUUCACUAAAAACAUAUUUAAUUGCGUUGUUUGUCUUGGUCUCCAGUGAGCAGCCAAAACAUAGCCUAUGAAUGUUACUCAGAUGCUGAUUAUUUUGAUCCAUAAUAUAACCUAAACAGAACACCAAGAUAUCUGGGAUCUAGCAGUUGUGCUAUAUUUGGCAUUUACAUUGAUAAGAUACUGCAGUGGAAAGAACAACAUUUCAUUCAUUUUUCAUGAUGUAAUGUCCAGGUUGCUUAGGUCAGUCCAGUGCUUUUUUUUCUUUAAAAAAAUGUUAAGGGGUACUCUCAUUUUCCUACUCAUAUUGAAAUACUCCCCCUCAAUGAGACCAAACUUAGAUUCACAAAAUGUUUAGGGGUAUGCGUACCCCCAGGAAAAAAAGCACUGAGUCAGUCCCUUGUUCUUGUAGAGUGCAAGAAAACAUUAAUAUACCUAAAUUCAUGAAGUCAUUACGAUUGAUAUAAAAUUGUUCUAAACAAGGAUGGGGAACUUGUGGCCCUCCAGAUGUUGAUGGACUCCAACUUCCACCAGCCCCAGCCAGUUGUCAGGAGCUCAGCCUACACUUGAGUAGGACCCUGGUAGAGACACAUGACUGGCAUGUUCUUUCCCUCCUGGUCAAUCGUUCGGGAGCUUCAUGAGCUUUCUUCAGCCUGAACAUCACAGCGACCGAUGCCAACCGACCCCGGCACACUUAGGGAUCUGCAGAGUUUGCGCAUCAUGCGUAACAGACCUCAGCAACUCAGCAUUUUGGCUAAUCUACUUUAUUUACAUAUAAACACACACGGAGCACUGCAGUAUGGCUCCUUCUCUCUCUAGCAUCAGACAGCAAAGAGAAAAAGAACAAAGGACAAUAGUACCACUUCACUGAACACAGUAUCACAAACAUCCUGUCUUCGUCACUUCCCACUCUGUGGAAUCAAAACAUAUACCGUCAUGUGAUAGACAACAAUCCCAUGACUGCAAUCAUGGAGCGGGAAUUCUAAACACCGGCAUGGCUACUGAUCAAGGAUGAUGAGAAUCAUAGCUCAACAACAUAUGGAAAGUCACAGAUCUCCCAUCCUCGAUCUAAAGCUUAGCUCUUAAGGCCUGGAUUUCAUUUUGAUGUACCAACCUAAGGGCAGGAGGCAGACAUGCAGUGCAAUACUGAGAAUUGUUUCAAGAAUGUAACAAGUAGCAAACAGCCUUUCCCACUAUUGUUGUGGAUCUGUGACAAAGUGGAAUACAAUAACAUUGUGAGGUAACCCACCAUUACUAUGUUGUGUGUGUGUGUGUGUGUGUGUGUUUUAUGGAAAUGAUGACUGGGUGGGGGACCAAUGGAAGAGGAGAAUAAACGUUCCCCCUAAAGGUCAUUUUAGUGAUUCCAACUUGCAUUCCAACUUAUGGGAAUUCUCUUCUUCCACAAAGCUACUGAAAGGUGGCAGGAAAGGGUUAGCUAUCCGUUUUUCCAAUACCACUGUUAAAAUUGGUUGCUAGCUAGGAAACUGCUAUGGAGCCAUUUGCUGAGAGUUGUUAGGGGACCCCUAUCUCCCAUCUGCAGAGUUACAAUUCUCAGUGUAGUUUAACAAUCAAUCUCUCUUCGCAGGAAACUCUGAGAAUUGUAGGUCUGGAGGGUGAAGGGGAUCUCCUAACAAUUCACAGCACACUUAACAAACUACAGCUCCCAAAAUUUUUUGGGAGAAGCCAUUAAACAGUCAUGGCAAGUGGUGGGAUAGUGCUUUAAAUGUAUAGUGUGAAUCUGCUCUUAUUCUUUUUUAAAACAACAGCAACAACAACAACAACAACAACUGUUGCCAGGGAUUGAAUUUGGGGCCAUGUGCUUUUCCCGUGAGCACUGGUCCCUGCCCAAAUAACAUAACUUAUGUCAAUUGAAAUCAAAGUACUAGGUUAAAUAUUUGGAGCAUAAUGCAGGCUUCUCCGGAAUACGGAAUUUAAUUCAUGAAAAUGUAGUUAGAGUAUUAAACAUCUACUUUAAUUGCUGUUAAGAAACUGUUGAAUAAGUCCAUUCCCCCCCACCACAAAAAAAAUAUUUAAAUAUAAAGGCAAAGCAGUAGUGAUAAUAUUCUCAUUUUUCUUCCCCAGAUGAGCCUGGAAUUAAUUUUCCAAAUAGCCUCCACCUGAACUUAUCAAGAUGCUCCUAAAUAUGUCCACAGAAGAGACUGUGAAAAGAAUUCACGUGGACUGCCCCUCACUGGGAAGGCACAACUACAUGCUAAUUGUUGUUCCAACGGUUUACACCAUCAUCUUCAUCAUAGGUAUAUUCGGAAACAGUUUGGUGGUGAUUGUUAUUUACUUCUUCAUGAAGCUGAAAACUGUGGCAAGUGUCUUUCUGUUCAAUUUAGCUCUGGCUGAUUUGUGUUUCCUCGUGACUUUGCCACUGUGGGCGGCCAAUGCCGCCAUGCAAUACCGCUGGCCUUUUGGCAGUGGCUUGUGCAAGUUAGCUUCAGCCGCAGCAACCUUCAACCUGUAUGCCAGCGUGUUUCUCCUGACGUGCCUCAGCAUUGACCGUUACUUGGCAAUCGUGCACCCAAUGAAGUCCCGGCUUCAGCGCACGAUGCUUGUGGCCCGGGUAACUUGCAUCAUCAUCUGGCUGAUGGCGGCCCUUGCCAGCUUGCCUGUGAUUAUCCACCGUACCGUAUACUUAAUCGAAAAUGAAAAUAUAACGGUAUGUGCUUUUCGGUAUCAGACCCCCUCCAACACAACCAACGGCACGACACUCAAAGUUGGAUUGGGUUUAUCGAAAAACAUGCUGGGGUUUUUGAUCCCCUUUGUGAUCAUUUUAACAAGCUAUAUAUUAAUCUGGAAAGCCCUGAAGAAAGCAUACCAGAUUCAGAAAAACAAGACCAGAAGCGAUGAUAUUUUCAAGAUGAUUGUUGCAAUUGUCCUUUUCUUCUUCUUUUCUUGGGUUCCUCAUCAAAUAUUCACUUUUCUGGAUGUGCUGAUUCAACUCAGUGUGAUCACCGAUUGUAAUAUCAUCGACAUUGUGGAUACAGCCAUGCCUUUCACGAUCUGCUUAGCGUAUUUUAACAACUGCCUCAAUCCCCUCUUUUAUGGCUUUUUUGGAAAGAACUUCAGGAAAUAUUUUCUCCAGCUUCUGAAAUACAGCCCCCACAAUGUCAGACACGCUAGUUUCACGACAAAGAUGUCCUCUCUUUCCUAUCGGCCUUCGGAAAACCUAAUCCUAACAGCCCCCAAAAAUGGGUUCUUGGACACUGAGUGACGACUUGGCGGCGCAUGUUUUCCACAACCUAGUUGGCCAGCACAGUGAUGUUCACCCAGAGUCCCAACCACCACAGCUUUAAGUGUUUAACCAUCUGAGACACAUUGUCCUAUUAAAACUGAGCAGUGGCCUCUCGUUUUGUCUUGUGAAGAGGAUUGUUGGUUGUUUACAGCAAAUGUUAAUGAAAGUAAGUAAGCUGAGGUAUUCACCAUCAGCCUGCCUUUCUAAAGCGUGGGGGACAAUAGUAUGUGGAAGAGCUCUUGAAAUGUGCUAGGAAGUGUGGUCCAAUUCAUUCUAUCAAGGCUCUGAGAUUUGCUUUGAACAUGCACAAGCAACUCUGACAUUGCCUUUGGGGCCUAUUACACAGGAGACAUAAGAAAGGCCUGUUUUCAGACCGAUGAAAGCAAAGUAAAAGUCACGAGGUUUUUCAAGAAUGUGAAUUUAUAUGUCAUAUGUACUACUUGAUUGUAAUCAAAAUCUACCUAUGCUACAUUUACAUAUAUACACCAUAAAGUCCAUUCUAGUGUCAGUAGGAAACUUGGGCAAGCAUACAUUUGGAGGUAAUUUUCAAAUAAGGCAGGAGUGUACAUCUGAAGUAGAAUGAAACCACAUAAGUGUAAAAUGUUUCAAUUUUCAGAUUACCUAUUCAACUAAAUGCAACACAUAAAAUUGUCUUCUAAAUUUCAUUGAAAAGUGCUUCAUUCUGUAGAUAUAUGUUCAGCGCUUGACUUCUGUGGAACUAUAUCUAUUUGUAGUUUAUAUAAGACAAAUGUUCCUUCCAAUAAUAUGAGCCCUAAAGAGUUUUGAGAGUAGAGGCCAUAUGUGUAGAAGAAUUGGGUGAGGAAGUGAUUUGUGAUUGGUGUCGAAGUUCACCAAAUUUACCAAAUCCAAUGUGGACCAUCUUGCACAUCAUCCUGAGUGGUGACGUUUUACUCCAUGUAGCAUCCUUUUGUAUCUGUGGGACUGAUCCAUUAAGGAAAUUUAUAUGUGUAAACUUGCUCCAAUGUUUCGGGAACAGGAUUUCCUCCCUGGGCAAUUCCUGGUUGAUUUUUUGUUAAAUUGUCAAGUGUGUCAACCAGGAAGUGUCGCUGAUUUAAACUGAGGACAAAUCAGUGAAUAUGCAUAAACAGUUUAUUCACAUGUGAAUUUGGGUCCUCAUAAACUCAGGCAAUAGGAACAGUUUGGGCAUGCCUGCACUGUCUAGAUUUCAGUUGAUUGGUCAGAAUAUAUCCUACAAGUAGAAUGCACAGACCCCUGUAGUGGAUCCUAUGCUUAAUUUGUACUUAGGUGCAUUCUUAAUUUAUUUUUUAUUUUUUGCAAAUGUUGGUCCACCCCCCAAACUGGUAUUAUCCUCACCACAAUUAAACCAAAGUUUUGCUGAUCUAUCAAAGUUUGGCACACCUCUUCUCCAUCACUGCAGAUAUACAUAAUUUUUUUAAAAUCUGAUUUGGCCUUCAUCUACAGCUUUGACUGAUUGAGAUUUCACCAUCACUAUUUCCUUUCUCUGGUUUUCGCACAUGUUGAUCUAUUUUUACAACAACAACAACAACAACAACACCAACAACACCACCAACAACAAUAACAACAACAACAAUGGAAGGCAGGGGGGGAGCUCCCCCCCGAAUCUUCCAUACACUCUUUAGACUCAUGUACAUUUGUUGUGUUAUAGCACAGCCAACUGCCUGAAAUGUGUCAUUAUGCUCAUGAAACAUACAACGUGGGCACUGCAAGGAAGUUAGGAGGUGUGCCUGGCCUUGAUGCAUCCUUAAGCAGUACAGCAGAUUGCACUAUGACUUCAGGAUUUUUUUCCCAUGCAACUGAUUUGGUGUUCAUGGAAAGAAAUGUGGUUCAAUGUCUACUGAAAUCAGAUGGAUUUAUUUUACUGAUUGCAAACUAUACGCAUCUACUUUAUAUCCCAUCAGCAGCUGUUACAAGUCUUCAAUGCUCCUUAUUGCUGUAUAUGUGCGCAUAUACUUUGCAUUGUUUUAAAUAUGUAAAACAGAAAUAUUGUGUGCAAUCCAAAGAAAAUAAUGAAUAUGUCCCAUUAUCAGUCUUACUUUUUUUAAAAAAGGUUAAAUAUGCUCUUUAUCACAGGCAACUUUGCUGUCUGUCUAUGUCACAACAGAUUAGGAUCCUUCCAGCUGGACCGCCUGUCUCCAUCACUGGGCAUCCAAACAGCUGUUGGGAAGAUCACAAUCACAGCAAGAUCGAGAUAGCCUUACCUUGCUGCUGAGCCUUCUGUACAGCUUUCCCUCUCCCUCCAAUUCUAACCUAGAACUUCCAUCAGCCUUGACCAGCAAAGCCUAUAGUCAGGGAUGGUGGAACUUGUGGUCUCCAACAUCUGUUGGACACCAGGUUAGGUAAGCUUACUUUAAUCUUUGUAGAAUAUGGAGGUUGCAUUUAGCAGUGAGGGUGGACAGCAACUGAUUUCAGUGGAACAUAAAGCCAAUUCACACUUCAUUGGCAAUGAACUGGCCGUCCCCAGCUCACCAGCACAAUCUGCAUGUAGGGUCCCGGGGAGAACAGCUCCCUCCUCUCUAAAUAGUAGAGGCUGAGCCAUUUGAGGGGACAUGAGAGCCAUUUACCAUUACAACUGGCAGCAGCACUCUCUUUUUUAGAGCCAACCAUGAUUAUGGCAGGGACAUGGGUGGCACUGUGGGUUAAACCACAGAGCCUAGGACUUGCCAAUCAGAAGGUCGGCGGUUCGAGCUCGGUCCCUGCUCCUGCCAACCUAGCAGUUCAAAAGUACGUCAAAGUGCAAGUAGAUAAAUAGGUACUGCUCCGGCGGGAAGGUAAACGGCAUUUCCAUGCACUGUUCUGGUUCACCAGAAGGGGCUUAGUCAUGCUGGCCACAUGACCCGGAAGCUGUACGCUGGCUCCCUCGGCCAAUAAAGCGAGAUGAGUGCCACAACCCCAGAGUCGGCCACGACUGGACCUAAUGGUCAGGGGUCCCUUUACCCUUACCUGUGAUUAUGGCAACAGUGGUGGGAUCCCAUUGCUGUCCUCUCCUCAAAACCAUGCACACUCUCUUGCUUUUACGUAGCAGUGGGUGGAGCUCUUGCUGUGGCUACCACAAUACUUCCCCGCCAUUGCUGCUGCUUUAAUUAAAGGACUAGAGGAAAUAUGGAUGGGGAAAAGAAGAGAAAAAGCCAACCAUGGCUACCUCCACACAGGCAGCAGUAUUGCAGAGUUUUAUGGCUUAAGAGAGAGAGACAGAGAGAUCCCACUGCUAAGGAAAAUGCUCUUGCCCCCAACUAAACUAGCAAACCAGUUCAACCCAAAAUGGUCCCCUGCCCACUCAAUUUCAGAGGGAGUGUAGUACUUCAGGGGGAAACACAGAAACCUGGGGGGGGGGGAAAUGUUGUCAGCCCUUGUUCGCACUACUGAAUUUCAUCAUGCAGUUAGUACACAGGAAUAGAAGGCAGAGGAGGUUGGAUCAAACUGGGCAGCAGAUGUCAUGAGGUGGUAACCAUCUCUGUGAUCACAGUUCCUAAGGAAAGUGUGACUGACUACAGGAGUGGCUGUUAUAUAAGACAGUGAAUGCACGAGAGGGGUGGUCCUAUGUGCAUAGCUCAUUAGCUACCACCACAAUGGCAAAUGCUCAUGAGCACUUAUCUUCUCAAUUUCAUGUUCCCGUCACAUCAGAGUUAAUGGAUGGCUCAUUUGCCAAGAAUGCAGAAAAGGUUUUCCCCAGUCUGGGCUGGAUCCAGACUCUCCCACUGGAGGAAGGCAGGAGGUAGCUUUUGCUGAUACUGCGCAAGCUGAAAAGCUAUUCUAGAAGGCCAGUGACCCCCUGGAACAACAUGGAAGAUGGUGCUGGGGAGAAGGGAUUGGCAAAAAUCUCCUCAGUCCUUUCCUCUGCUGGAUCUCUGUCCCUUCCAAAAUGCAAUGACGCCUUCAGUUCAGGGAAGGGCAAGUCUGGAUCCAACCCAAAUAAAGCUUUUCUUUUCUGCUGGCAGAAUUCUUUUUAACUGAUGGCUUGCUGAAGUUGUAAAUAAAGGUAUUUAUUUCUAUUUAUUGUAUAAUAAAGCUUCAUCUGACUCGGAGCAUCAUUUUCUCCAAUCUUGGAUUUAAUGUUCUUUAUCAUAAAUAUAUAUUCAUAGAAUAGACUGAAUUACAAAAGGAUAGCACUUGGUGGUACAGGAAACACUAUGCUUAAAUGAAUAUAUAUAUUUAUUAACAUUGUGCUAGUGAUUCCACAACAUUGCUUGGAGACACUGAAAUUAGUAAUCGCCUAAAGCUGUAUAUGAGUUUCUAGUGGGCUUUACAUUUACUUUAAUAUCUUCCUCUACACAUUUUGUAUAUAGGAACUGUCAUCGUUCAAGGAACCCAAAGUUAAAUUUCAUGUUCUAUAAAUGUGACACCAAAAUGGUAACACCUGUAGUUCCUUUUAUCUUGUGGUGUUAUUUUGUUGUAUUUAGUGUAAAAAAUGUUACUACAAAACUGUCUAUCAUAUACAUUUUAUGGGUAGAAGCCAACUAAAUCAUAUUCAGAGUACACCCAUUAAAAUCAAUGGUUUUAGGUGACUUCAACUCCCAUUUAUUUAAAUGGGUUUACUGUAAGUGUGACUAACAUGUAAUAUCACCCUAUAUUGAUACAAGCUGUGAAAUAUAUUGUUCAUGUGAUGUAUUGAAAUUUCAAAGCAUAAUCAUGACUGCUUUUCUAGCUGUAUUAUUAUGGAACAUGUAGUAGUAAGCUACUCAAAAAUUCCAUGAUACUUGUGGAAAAUUGCAAAUGUUUAGUCUACGCUCAUCUAUCCUCCUUCGGAAACCCAACAAAGAAGAGCAAUCCCAAUUCCAGGAACCACAUUCACUUCAAUGGAUGUUCUCUACUUGGUGGCUUACUCAUUGACUUCAGUGGAGGCCUGGAGCUCUACUGCACCCCCUCUACUAAAGUGAAUGGGACAGCUCUUCUAUGCAGCUGCCAGAGUCACUGUGCACAUAAGGGAUCACUUGAUCACUUUGUUUUCUUGUCUCUAGAACGUCCCUUGUUUAGUUGAGUUUGUUGCCAUUCAUCAUUGAAUUAAUAAGCGCAGUGAAAAAGAAUUUAGGGGUGCCCAAACACAGCAAAUUCACAUAGAGAAAGUAGUCAAAUCUUCUGAAGUAUACUCCUUGCUAACUCAAAUUAGUGAUAAAGGCCACAAGCCAUGAAAAUCAUAGUUUUGAAAAUUGAAACGUUUUUAAUUCCACAUUCGUGUCUUUGUUUGGUGCUAAAGCACUGUAUUGACCCUGAUGGUUUAAUAUACAUUUCUUUACACUUCUUCGAACAACAGUGAACAAUCACACCUGAAUUUCAGCAUUAAGCAAAGUGAACCAAAUGCAAAAUAUCUUCAGUGGCGUAUUUUCAGUGGCGUAUUUUCUGCAAAUGCAACUCAUAAGUUAUGUCAUCACUUUAACUGUUGUCUACUUGUAUGAGAAUAGCUACUGAACCGUGUAUGUUUCUUGAUGAUAUGUUCUAUGUGUGGUAUCAGUUGUCAUGUGUUGAGUGGUUCUGAUGGUAUUAUCCAUAGAAAGUAAAUAGUGCACAUAGAAACCAUGUGUAGCAAUACAUUUAAAAUAUUUAUUUCCUGCUGCAGAUAAGUGAGCAGCACUGGUGUUUUCAUUUAAAGUUAAGAAAAGUGAAAAGAAACUUGGGGAGCAUUCAAAUGAAAAGUUCCUCCCUGCACUUCUGCUAUCAACUAAGGUUAUUAAUUACUUUACAUAUUGUAAGUCUCAAAUAUAUGUCACUUUGAACAUCCAGGAUAUCUGAUUUAGUCAGUCAGAGUAGACCCAUUCAAAAUGAUGGACUGACACAGAAGGACUGCCAUUUCUAAGAAUGAGCCUGUCUUUUUUGAAAGUACUUCUUUUUAAAGGAAUUAACCAUUAAAAUGCACAAUUUAUUGGGGGCAGCUUUUUAAUCCAGCCAAAAAUUUUAAAUAUAGCUACUGAUUGAUUAAAUCAGGGAUUUGGAACCUUUGUCCCUGGACUACAACUCCCAUCAUCCCUAGCAAUGGUCAGGGAUGAUGGGAGUUAUAGUUCAGGAACAUAUGGAGGGCCAAAGGUUCGUCAUACCAGGAUUAAAUGUUGCAGCUCUAUUGAAAGAAAUUAAAAACUGAUUUCAAUUAAAGUUCCCAUCCAUAUUUUGGUUCAUGGGCAUCUUCUACUAAGCCAAAUGGAGUCCCCAAAUUCUGUUCUAGAGGUCCCCAAACUGCUGGGGAUCAGGGGGGAAUUUGAUGCAGUUCACAUUUAUAGGCAAACUUAUCUUAUUUGCGCUUCUGAAAUAAUACAUGGACCAAAACACAGCUAUCCUCCAAAAUGCACACUUCUCUGAAUUUUGCAACGCAUUUCUCUAGCCAGGUAAUGUGCAUAAAAUUCAUAUACUGGGGUAAAGUGUGUAUAAAAUGCAUAUUUUAGUGAAACUAACAUCUAAAAAUGCAUUAUCUGUGGGGAAAUUGCAUCCAAAAAUGUACCUAAUGGGAGAAAUUUGCACUAAAAUGCUGCUGAUUUUUUUUUUAGGCAGACUUGUAUCUUUUAAAAAACAAAUUCGCAAAACCAUGUGUAUAUGAGGAGAACUGAAGUGGCCAGCCACUGUGAGAACAGGAUGCAGGGAUGCUGUACUGGGUGAGCCAUUGGCCUGAUCCAGCAGGCCCAUUUUAUGUUUUUUAUGAUUGGAAAAAUUAGAAACAGAUUUAAAAAACCCCAAAAACCUGCAAUUUGCAAAUUUGCUAAUCCUUACCCACAACCCCCUAGAGCUGAUUUUGGGGGUGCACCGAGGCUGGAUGUGACAGAAGAGAGAGAGGAAGUUCUGUUACAUGCACUGCAGCAUCGGAUGAGACCCUAUAUUAUGGCACAUUCUUUUAGCUCUGUCCUCUUUCUUUCUGACAAAGCGCAAAUAUUUUCUGUUUUAGUGGAUUUCACCAAAAUGAAGAGGAUAGGGGAAGUUCAUUUUUACGCAGAGCUUCAGGUAUCAAAGUGUACACCUUAAAUAUUCAGUUUACAGCCACAGGGUUUCUUCCAGCUGCAUCUUGCAGCUGACAACAUGCCUCCUAACAGAUGAGGUAAGAAAUUUCCAGCUGUUCCUCCUUGCCCUGCAGCCCCUGGGCCCCCUCCCCAAACUACUAUGGAGGGUCUCUGGGUUAGAGGAGCAUGCAGGAGGACUGCAGUGAGGAAGUGGAAACUGCUGGAAAUUGCUUCUCUCCCCAUCUUUGAUCUUCAGUUGAGCUAUGCCAUAAGAACAAGUAGAGAAAUAUUAACCAAGAUUGAAAAGGCCCAAAUCUUUUCCUAAAGUGAAUAUGUUUGCUGCACUAGUUGAUUUUUUCCUUCUACCACAAAAGCUAUAAGAGAGUUAAAUUGAACACACCAUUAUUUUUACAGUAGAGGGUAUAUUGCCGCUUUAUUUUUCAAACUCCUAGAAUGUAGCUCUUCACUGUGAAAAUAUAAACCACCAAUGAAAGCCAGCUGUUCCCACUACAGAUCUGUAAGCAGACUGAGAGAGAAUGGACAUUGCUUGCAUACUACUCUUUAGUGAUAUGGUGUGAGCAUCAUUUCAUACUUUUUAUAUGAAUUGUGAAUUUUAUCGAAAUAAACGCUGCUUAUUUUGAAACUGAGCAAGUCUCGUCAAAGGAACUGUUAUUAUUUCUGUUAACCGCAAGUGACCCAAUAGUGUGGCAUUGUGCAUAGUAUUUACAAAACAAUAGGCCAUUUUGCUGCUUCAUCUCUG